CUUGGGUUUGGGGUUAGUUCUGUUCCUUCACUUUCAAUUUGUAUAUAUAUUUUCACUCUAGACGGUAGCGAUAAAAGACAAAAAAGCUAAAAGUGGUUGGGAAUUACCAACAUUUUAGCCAAGAGUGUCUUUGCAGUGGAUAUCAUUUAAGAAUUGAAAGUUACAGUUAAGGCUUUUCCAAUGACUCCUUGCCAAUAUCUUAUACUACUUCAUCACUGUUGUGGAUUAGUUACCUGCCAGGCCAACACUCUGCCCCUGUGUUCCUGGUCCCCAUCAUGAAAAAGGUCCACUGCCAGGGCCUGUGCCACCAACAUCCUCCUGCUUUCCAGAGACAACUCUGACUGCAGGGUGAUGAAGGGUACCUCUGACUGCUCCUCUUGUCUACCAUCAGACUUCAUCCCGUUCAUGGCCAGUCCCUCCCUCUGUUCGGCCUUCCACCUAGACAGCAUGCUACCCUGUUUUGUAGGUUCACUGUUUCCCACAGACUCACUACGUAGAAUGUUUUUCUGAGUCACUUUCCUCACAAGGAUUGCCCCAUCUUUUUGGUUUUGAUCAUUCUUGACUUUCCAGAGUGAGCCCGUUGAGCUGUGUGAGACGUCAGAUGGGUUGCUAUUCCAACGCUGAAUCUCUGUCGAAGGGCAAGUUGUCUCCGAGGGGGUCUUGGAUGUGUCAAUAGUGCUCUGUGACAACGAGCUGAGAGGCUGUGUGAGGAGGUUGAGUUCUGGGCCUAGCCGUCUCAAGUCAGACUCACUGUAGCUCAGACUUUUACGGUGAUAGAAGAUGGGUGGCUCGUUGAAAUGUCUUGGUAAAGUAGGUGUACCUGGUAAGCGGGGUUCCCUAGCAAAUACUUCAGGACCCAUCUGCUCAAUAAUGCUGAGAGUCAUCUCUAAGUCAUGAAUAUCUGGGGCCUCCAGGAUGUCUUCCUCAAUCACCUGACGAUUCUCUGCAAUGUCCAGCAGCAGCCUGGAUACUAGCCGGACAAUUUUGGGUAAGUUUUUCAGCUCUUUUCUCUCAUAGCCGUGCAAUAUGUGUCUCUGGCGGUUCAGGUACUGGGCCAGGGUGACACGAUUAGAAAGAGGCUCGGCACAGGAAAACACACUUCUUAAAGGGGUGAGGAAUUGGACAAACUCUCUGACACAAUGCAGCUGCCCUCGUGUCUGGAUGGAGUUGGGGCGUUUAGCUCGAACAUACAUAAUAGCCUGGUUGGCAGUCAUCCUGGUGGCAUAGGCCAGGAAGCACGCUAAAAGCACACCUGAGGGAUGAGGGGGAAAUGGUUUAUCAAAGUGAGAAAGUGACAGCUUAAACUAAAAUGAAAUGUUUAAACAUACAAAGUCCUUAUAAAUGUACCUGUUCUUCCAAGACCAGCGUGACAAUGGACCGCUAUCUUCCCCUCUUGCAGUGCAAAGGCCAUGACCUUCACCAUGUCUAGCAUAGUGGUGAGGUUGGCCACGCCGUAGUCAUUCCAGCCAAAAUUGUAGAAGUAGACUGGUGGUAAAAUAGUGAAAUGUUUUGAUUUAAAUCUGAGCAGCAGGUAAAACAGGUAUAACAAGAAUUGUACAAUAGCUACUCUAGACCAAGUAAACUGAUGGGAAAAGAGCAAGAUAAAUUUAAAGCAUAAUUAAAUGUAAAAAUGGAGUGGCUGUGAUGUGCAACAACUUUCAGGGUCUUCUUUGUUGUGCUUUUAUCUCAUGAUAUCCUUCAUGCUUUCAAUGGGAGCAGGCAGGCCAGCUUAGAACCUGGACCCCUACACAAUGGAGCCAUGUUAUAUGUGUAUGAUGUGGUUUUGCAUUAUCUCACUAAAAUCUGAAGGUCUUCCUAGAGAAAGUCUUUAUCUCAUUGGCAGCAUAUGUUGCUCUUAAACCUACAUGAGACGCUUAGCAAAAGCAUGGACAACUGAAUUUGAAAGUGAUUUGGAGGGCAUGCAGGCCUCCAAAUUACAGACACUGUUGAUAUUGCUUAAAUAUUACAUAAUGCACUUACUGUUGUUUUCCAUGAACACCUCUGGACGGUAGGAGAAGCCACUCUCUGGCUCCAGAGGGUUUCCGCAGCUGGCAUGUUCACCAGGUAUCUGUAGGUUGAUCACUGUUUUAAUACCACUCCUUGAAACAAGCACACACACAUACAAACAGAGGCAUGAACAAGUCAUUACUCUCAUCUUCUCGGUUAUGUUUGCUCUUAAUCUGGAAACAACUGAUAGGAAAAAGUGAACAAACCUUUUGAAUUGAUCAAUGAUCUUGUACUUCUCAAUGGUUUCUGUUGAUGGUCUGGACAUAGCCAGAAGGUGAUCACUAACCCUGGAAAAAUAUUAAGAAAAAUAGCAGAGUAGAUAUUAUAUGACUCUGGUCCAUCUAAGUUCAACCAAAAUGAUUUGAGAGGAAGUAUAGAAAUUCACAUUCUUGUCAAACUAUCACAUCUACUAAAGCAUGGCGUGAGUACCAUGAUGAGUAGAGGCCUUUAAUAGCCUGUUGGUCAUCCCUCCAGUAACCUGGGCUGUCAUACUUGCAGGAUUGUCCUCCACAACCGAUUGAGCAUUGCAAAGGAGCAGGGAUGACAUAUCGUAUAGCUUCUCCUACAAGUGUGUACUUGGCCCUGGGGGCUCUGACUGGAGUUAUUGGUAGAAAGAAAAGAGAAAACAGUGUUCGACAGAUUCAUUUAGAUUUUUUUAACACUCUUUUUAAUAGCAGAGUAAACAUUAAAAUGUUCAUAUCCUUGGGAAAUGGAAGAUUGCGAGUUUAAGACUCAGUUUAGAAGUGUCUAAUCCUCAUCUGGCAUUCAAGCUCUGUUAUCAAAGCAUUACAGUAAAAAUAGCCACACUUCUAGCAAAUUAAUUAUAUUUUAAUGUGGAAUUUGGUGGCGUGGAGAGCUGUAGUAUAUACUGUAGUAUAUAGCCAUAACAGUCCCCCAAACCAUUCCCUUAUGCUUAACAGACACAUUUCAGUAUUGAAUGAAAAGCAUUUUGUACUUACUGUAUUCCAUCAGAGCCGCACCUCUGGUAUUUGCAUUGCUUGCCAUAGGAAUAACCACUCAGGCUGACAUCCACAGUCAUAGCAGAGCCUGCACAUACAAAUGCCACAAAUACUCUUUUAGACACUUCUUACCGUGGUUUCUGUGAAUCACUGAUACUCUAAGUCUUAUCGUAAACCUUAAAUUCAGGAUUAUGACCGGCGUUCUCACACAAUCUGGAGAAGGCACCUCAUAAGUAAACAGAGUUUUGUUGGACUGAAAAAGUCUCUAUUUGAAACUGAAGAUCAUUAAGUUUGCACACAGGAAUAGAUCAUUGACAGAGAGCGUAUUACAAAUCAACAUUUGCAUCAGAGCAAAGCUUAAAAAAUCAUAACAGUCACGUGUAGAGCAGACAUAAUCCAUGAGAAAAGCUGCUAACAUUAGCUGGUAGUUUACACUUGGUGGCUCAUCAGAUAAUAGAAAGAAUUUCACUUCUUAAGACCAAGACCAAUACAACUUUAAGAACUUAGAAAUAGCUUACAGCUGAAGACUGUCACUAAUCUAAAAAUCAACGCAGCAACAUAAAAAAGAAAUAAGAAACUGAAAUCCACUGACAUCAAUCUCCACAGCUCUGACGUUGUCUUUCCCUCUCCAGCUCUGUGGAAAGUCAAUCCCGUGGUCUUCCUUGAUUUGAUUCGUCUCAGAUUAUCCCUGUUGAGGGGAGGUGGAGCAGAUCCAGAACCCACAGGAUCCUUUGGCUUCCUUUGGAGAUAGCCAUUUAUGUCACCAGGAUGACGAUCAGGCGUGGGAAUUAAUUUAAAAUCAAAAUCUUAGUGGGAAGGAGUGGCGAUUCUGUCUGCAGUAACUUCCUCCAUGCACAGGUUGCUCAUGUCAGUGGCUCUAGAGGGGAGUGGAGGCUAUUCCUGACUCCUCCUGGAUUACACUACUAAUCUUAUUACUGUACAGGAAUAAAUUAGAGCACCCACUACUCAACCAAAAGUCAUACAUUAGCGACAUCCCAGUGUCUUUUGAGGGGGAAUGACCCAUGUAAAAUUAUGUCUGCUAUUGCACAAAUUGUCUUUAUUAUAUCUAUUUCCCCCAGACCAGAUUUUCAUAAUGUGUGCUAUUUAAUUAAUGCUCUUCCUGUUUAUUGUCUGUAUUAAGUUGUAUAGGGGAUUGUUUACAAUUCAAAGGAUAUUUGAAAACACUCUUAAACUUUCAUCUUGCUGUUACAGAUAGUGGGACUUUACGGACAAAGCAAGUCAAUAAAAUCUGAUUGGCUUACCUUGCACCUUGCUAAAGCUAAUUACAUUUAAGUUACAGUGAAGGGAUUGGACUAUGAUCUUUAGGAUUUAGAAAGACUGAUUGCCUAUAGGCCCAUUGUUAUCCUCAUCACAAUGUCCCUGUUUAUAUUAUGAUGAAAAUGGAGCUGUUUUUUUUUAUAUCUAACUUGUAAAUCUACCUAAUGUAUGAAUGUUUUUAAGUCAGCAAAAAUUUGGUCAUGUAGCUAAUAGCUUUGGGGUAAUUUGCAUAAAUACUCACAGCACUGAAGAUCUUUGAUUGUUCUGUAUAAAAUCCAGGAAAAUUAGUCUGUUAUCUUAAUCCACAAGCUGAUCAGCACUGGUGGCCCUUAAAAGAAAGGACUCGGAGCAUCAUCAUGACAGAAAAAGAGAGCAACAGGCACUAGACAACCUGUGAGCCUGUGAGGUACUGAGUUAAAUGAAUGGCAUGUAGUGUACACUGUGAGAUAAAGACCUGAGUAAAUCGCUGGCAUGGCUGGUCUCAGACAUAUCUCAUCAGUCUCACUGUGACAAACACAGGGGAGUGGAAAACCAAGAGCCAAGACGUGUAAGGAGUGUUUUAAACCCCAAACAAGCAAUCCCACUACAAGUUGCUUUAACACAUUAUCAAAAAUAUAGUGAGUACAAGCAAAAGUGUACAGGAAUGGUCCAAAGUGCUUUGUGUAAUGCAGAAAAAGCGUUGUGUUAAAUGUUAUAUGACCAAGAUAUACCAAGCCCUUGAUGAUCUUAAUGGUGUAGCUGGGACUAACCUUGUAUUGGUUAUUAUCAGGCCAUUAAAUGUAUACCACAUAUUUUUUGGGGUUGUUAUUCAUUAAAUUCUGAAAAUAUGCCUACAAAGAAAUUGAAAAAGAAGUCGAAGCAUGUCAAAAUUACCUACACUUAGUACAUUUCCAAGUGUAACAAUAGACGCUUGAUAACAUUUGGAUUCUUCAUAGUAGAAAAUAACAGGUGUAACUUUUAUUAAAUAGUGGUCCUGUACCAUUUAGGUUUCUCUUUUGACAAGGUCAGAAAAAAACAUUAUACAGUCCUGAAAUCCUCCCAACAAUAAUCAGUAGCAAAGGUAGGAGUAAUGUUUCCGACAGAUGGCGGUAGAUACGCAUGUGGCAUCUGCCGGUGAGCAACCGGCAGCGUUCUGUACGUAUCAUUUCUAUGGCAACAAAGGGCCCGUGCAAGGAUUUCCGUGCUCCACAUAAGCAAACCACUGAGGGUUCCUGGGUAAUGAGUCCGGUCACGGCUAACAUUGGACUCCUCGCUUUCGCUUCUGUAACUGUAAUUACUACAUUUCCCGACAAGCACUGCCGCCCUAUGGCAGCCGACCAAGCUGGUUGCGUCGACGUUUCGCAGUUCUUCAAACGGACCUUUCAGCUGAUUUAAACAAGCCGGUGUCAAUAUCAUUAGCAUACCGGAAGUUGACUGUUGAUGCCUUCAAAAUAAAAUAAGUGAGCUUUCACAUUAAACUGGACCACCACUUAUGUCAUAUCAUUACCAUCGUUAAUUCAAUAGAAUAUUCUAUUUAUAUCAAAGAAUAUAAAACAAGAACAAUAAAAGCAAAACCAAGUAUAUUCUUUAGGGCUAGUUUCGUCCACAGUAGUACUUUGAAAGUAAAAAGCGGAAGUUGCUAAUAUUUUUUUUUCUUCUUUUGGCAGUUGGUUCUCUGGCUCCGGCUCUGUCACUCUAACAAGCCGGGGGAGAGGUGAGGGAUACGCAGCAUACUGACGAUGGAGCAUUUCUAAGAGAUAACGGCGAGCUCCCCCGUCGGAGGUAAUCAAACAUCGUCACCUACAUGACCAAAGAGACACGAACGUCAACGAGAAAAGCAACCGUAACAAUCAUGCAAUUUAAAUAUAGACGAAUUUAAGCAACCGCCUCAAGGUUACACCGCUUGAAGACGCCCCAACAUCCCCCUUGUCGCAGAUCAGCUGGCGCAGGUUAGUUGAUCAUCACCGGUACCGACCAUGUCCGUGGAAGAACAGGGCUAUCCCGACGCAAUGCUGUUGCGCGAAGCCGGUCCUGAGUGGAUGCGGGCUGAGAUCGAGCGUCUCGCCCGGGAGCUGAGUGAGACAACCAACGAGAAGAUCCAGGCGGCGGAGUACGGGCUGGUGGUGCUGGAGGAGAAGCAGCAGCUCAAACAGCAGUAUGAUGAACUGGAGAUCGAGUACGAGACCGUCAGGCAGGAGCUAGACCAGCUGAAAGACGUAUGUAAUACUAAAAAUUUAAUCUAUUUAUAUGUAUAUCAAUCUAGUAACCUCAAAACUAGUCACCUGAAAUUUAUUAUUCUGUGAUUUCUCCCUUCAUACAACUAAAAACGACUUUCUAGAAAUCUUUAAAUUUGUGUGGUAUAUUUACAACCCCAAAGGUGAAGGACUGGGUCUGCUUUGACAUUUAGGAAGGUACCAAAAAUGAAUUGCUGCCUUUUCAUCCCACAAGGUCAAAACUGCAGUAUGAAGAGGGAGUGCUUCCUCUGUAGCCUGCUCCACACCCCACCCCACCCCACCCCCUUUCACCAUCAGGGUUUCCCCCGUUGCAUUGCUGCAUUUUAUUUAUUUAUGCCCCUCUUCAAGAAAGCCCUGUCUGGCUCUCAGCUUUCCAUGGCCUUGUGUGUUUCCACCCCCUGACUUAAUCUCAAGAAGAUGUGUAACCUGUACAGAUAUGAGCAUGCUGUGAUCUGCUGUAUUUAAUGUGACAUGUUUUGGUGUUGAAUUUGUUCUGUUUGUCCUCCCAAGAGAUAAAGAUGCUUUUAGAUGUAUUAAUUUACCAUUAUAUUUAAAUUCUGAAUCAAAACCUUGGCAUAAAUAUCUUGCCACAUCUCAGCUUGGCCUCUUCUGUGAACAAGAAUGACUAGUUUAGUUGGAAUGGGCGGGAGUAAGUUUGAAUUUUGAAACUUCCCGCUCAGACAGCCAAAGAGGGAUGAACAACUUGCAGAGGAAACCAAUAAGUUACAGCCCUUUGGGAAUGGAAAGAAUGUAGAGUGACGGUUCAAGCUGGGCUACAGAGUCAGAUAAAGGAUGUGUGUUUCCCCGUUGAGCGGCCAGGAUCCAGCAGCACUAUAUCACGGUCUCGUGAUCUAGAAGGUGUCAAGAGUGACGUUAUGGUGACAUUUGGCACAUAAUUUGAUCAACAGCUGCAGCCUUAGGAGUCUCCCUGUGCUCAUAUAUAGCCAUUGAGCAGAUUCUAGCUGUGCCUCUUGCUCAUUUUUCAUGUUCCCCUUACUAAUGUUGGUUCUUCUUUUGUCUUCCCUCCUCAAAGGCAAGUCACAUUUUUUUAAGUACAUUUCAAACUCAGAUGCAAUUUUAAAUGAACAGGGAAAAACAAGCAAGAGCUGAGCAAUCUGACAUCAUUGAAAAGCCCUUAUUUCCUUGCCAAAAAAUCUGUUUGUUUCUCCUUUGGGUUUUGGUGCCUUUCAGUGGGAAGUCUCAGAAUAGAAGUUUUCAGCUCUCCCUCUUCCUCUCCUCCUCCGUCCUUCUUCCAGUGGCCCCACUCUUGUUGUUAUUGCUGAAAGGAGGAGGUCUCAUGGCUGUCUCAGCAACUCCUGCUCAGUUUCCCAUGCAUGUCUUUGGCAGGAUAGCUCUGCCACAAGAGAACGACAGGGAAAAAAAACAACAUGAACAGAAGAGACAGAAGAGACAGGCUGGAAAUGCUCUAGAAGAGUAACCAUGGCAGCAAACUAAAACCAGUGAAAAGAAGUGGGGACAAACUGAAUGCAAGAUGUUGGGACAUUUGCCGAGUCUUCUCUCUAUUCUAUUUCAAAACACGGCAGUUAAAGCUCUCGUUUGUGAGUGUUAUUGUCUCCCGAUGGAAUACAAAUAUCCAUCUGUGUGGGCAAUAACGUCAAUUGUUUGCUCAAAGCUGCAGCAGAAGCUCUUUCUUCUGCCCCAGGGUUGGGUUAUUCUGGUUGUAGAUCACUAGUCAGAUGUUAACCCUUGAGAGGACAUAGCUGUGCUUCUUUGUCCCUCCACCAACCCCCAACUCAGUGUUUGUAUGAGGGGUGAUGUGAUGCGAUCACUAAAACAAACACAUUCCUCAGAAAACUCCUCACCCUUGAUAGUCUUUUGAGAAACUCUCAUGGCAAGCUACUGUAUCAAGGAGCUGCAUUUCCUUUCCUGCCAUAUAAGUCGAUGAAUCUUCAUGUUAGGGUAAAUAGAAACCACACAGUCGUCUUUUGUGGGUCUGAUUUGUGUUCUUGAAGUCAGAUGAUUAUUCCAGCUUUGUUUACAGCUGUUAAAAACAGCAGUUAUUUUUCUGUCCGGGUGUAAAUGCCAUGUUUUCUGUUCUCACUUAAGGCGACAAUGUUAGGACGUCCCUUGUCUUCCCGCGGAUUUAGUCGUACUGAAAUAGAUCGUCUGGGAGAUUUGCAGAGUACACUGGAUGCUCUCCAGGGACCUUAAACCUCUUGUCAAACUUUGAAGUGUUCAGAAACAUAACACAAUGGAACACGGCUCCAAUUUAUGUGUGUUCAUAAGGAUUUAAGAGCGCUUUUUAUUCCUCUGCUGGAGUUAAACAGACAAUCAGAAAUCAUCAUGACACAGUGCAAAUUCCUCCCUGCCAUUUAAACAAUCCUCACAAUCUCACCUACCCUCAGACAGGGCAGUAAUAUUCACACUUGCACACACCCCCACAUACAUGCUCUCCUGAGGCAGGAAGAUGGAGGAAUUCUCUGCACCGCUGUUGCUUAGUAACGGCACAGCUCUGUGCCUCAAUUUGAGCAGCCGUAUUGCUUUCUGAGCAGGUGCUGCUGUCUGAGCGGGUCUGACUGCUAGGGGAGCUUUGUAAAGCAUCAUACAGCUAGAUUUACAUAUACACAUACUUACAGGAAAUAACCAUAAAUGGUAUUGACAUGAUAUUCAUGUUUGUUUGGAUUUAUAUCUUAUAUGGUAAGAUCUAACUUUGACAGACAUUUUUUGAUGCUUGGGCAGGGCCGACUGGUUUCCUUUUGGCUUUCACAUUCAGCUCUCUCCCCCUCAGGCAGUGAAAUAAUCCUCUAUCCAUUAUUUCUGCAGGCAAUGAGAACAGACUGCUGUGUAUGUUUCGUGAUUUCCUUUUAAUUUCCCAUUCCACCACGAUAAAUAUAAUCCACUUUACCAGCUGCCUCACUGCUUCUUCUUGUAACACGGCAAGAAAUCUAUCCUAAAAUACAAAGUUUUACCUCAAGAAAGAGUUUAAACCAAUUUAUUACAUCUUAUAUAAAGCCAAUCACUCUUAAAACAGUACCCUGAUAAAGUCAAUCUUGCAAACUAAGCUCUUGUGAAGAUGCGGGGACUUUGCCCAGCCAUCAUUCAGAUAAAGGAGUGCAGUCCUAGUCACAAGUUAAAGCAGCUAAUUACAUUAUAGUAGACUCCCGCAGUGUGAGAGCACGGGUUGGUGUUGCCUUAGCUGUUGUUGAUACUCUUAAGGUAAGCCACUCACAGAUGACUUCAUUUGCCACACCAGCACCUGUGAAUGCUGCUCUGAGGAACGUGCUGAGUUGAGUAUGAGGCGCUUCACUAUGAUACCAGCUUCUCUGUGCAGAAACUACUCUCAAAACACCUCUCGACUGAUUUCAUUCAUUUAUUUUAGAUACUGUUUCUUUGUUUUCCUGCAUACAAAAAGACAAAAGCACAUUACUCAAGGCCCAGAGUUCCUCUGAUCCAUGUUCCACCGCUGAGGCCACACCAGAGUCUUUCUUUUUCAGCCGUUUCUCCUGCAACUUUCCAAUCAUUGGAGCUGUGGUUGUGAACUGCUCGGUGGAAUUCAACCCGCACAAUCACGGCCCUAAAUAUUGUUAAGCUCAGUAAAACCUGGACUCUCUGUGUCCUGCUUGCUGUCCCUUUGUGUGUUUGAGCCAGCUGGGGUUAACAGGUCUUGGGUGUCACAGACGAAGAGAGGGUUAAAUGCCAGCAGAACACAGUGUAUGACAAAGGAGAGAUUGAGCGAGGCGCCCUUUUGUGGAUACAUAUGAAAGGAUUGGCCACUUUUGUCCUUUUUGAAAUGGCAGAUCACUAAAGGAUAUAUCCCAGUGUCCUUAAACAAUGAUAUCUAGUGUGACUGAGCUCUUUCUGUGGUGUUAAAUGGGCUGGGUGCUGAUUGGAUGUCAGUAAAAAAAUACGAGCAGGACAUAAAAUCCAUCUGGUACCUUAUAUGAAGAGUCAUAAAUAAAGUAAGUCUCAUAUUAUUGGAUUGUCACACUGAGCUGAAGUGUGUUUCAUCAAAUCCUUGAACUCAGUCACUUUUAAGGCUUUUCAAAAACUCCUGACCAAUCUUAAUGGCUCAUGAAAAAACGCUGUUCUCAAGUAUCAGUAAUUCUCUUAUUUCACUGGGCUGUCAGUGUGUAUUUAGUUGUUCCCUCUAUCUAUGACCUAGCAUAUGUCAAAGCUUUCAGCAUUGUUUGAGGUCUGAUCAACCCUCUAUGUUUUUCAACUCUGCAGUUAAGGGGUAAUCUUUUCUAAAUGGCACUAAAUAAAGUCCAAAAUCCCCUACCCUCUGUGCUUAAGAGGAUGAAUCACUGUGCGCAGGGCUUACGGACGCCUGGGAGUCUGCCAGGCUUGACCAUACUUGGCAGCCUGGAGAGCAGAGGACAGGUAGGGGCAUUUUGGGGUAAGACUUCUCAGAGGUUGCCAGGUGCGCUUGGGAAAAUGUCCUCCCUGUCCCCGCCUGACCUGGCCCAGUGGCCUACUAGCAAGGCUGCUGAACCGAGCAGCCUGUUCACUGAGUUCUGUCAUGCUCCCCCUCCAUGAUAUGAAUCUCUACCAUAAUAAAAACAUGCCAGUUAUUCUAAGACCCACUAAGGUCAUGACAGAGUGUAUAUACAGUAUUUCACUCUACAGCCUACGUGUCACAACAGGCUGGUCUAUCAGUAGAUCUCCUCAGAUAAGCUAAUGUUACCUUCUGUGUCCCAUACGGAUGACCAUAUGGUAUCGCAAAGUAAUGAAAGAAUUAUUCAACCCAGUUUUAGGUAAAAUGACCCCCCCUUUAAUCCGUAAUGACUGUAAGAGCUUUUGUCCUUAACUCUGAUGCACAAACUACAACCAGCACCUGUCCAUGAAUUAAGCACAUGCCACAUUUACUCUAGAACUUGAGCUGAAGGCUGUUUAAAGAGUCAGUGAAGUUGUACCAGCAUAAUAUUAAUGUAGUAUUAACCAAUAAAGCUUACAAAACUGAUUUUUGGAGUAGCAGAUACAAUAUUUUUGGAUAAAGUGACACAUUGAUUAUGCCCUCAUAAUGACAACUUAUUUAACAUUUCUGAGAUAUAGAACAUAAUAACUUUAUUUAUGCAGUACUUAAAAAAACAAAGUCCUUUGACAUAAGAACAAACAUUGAGAAACCAAGAACAUCAUAUGAAGAUAAAAACCCAGAAUAACCUGGAGAACCCCAAACAAACCCAGGCAAAACAUAUGAAUCAAGACAGCGCAGCUGUUUGCCAUCCUUGUGAAGCAAAGGUAGGAGAAAAACAACACUCCUUUAACAAUCUCAAGUGUCUGAAAGAGAGAAAGGAAAAUGUAUCGGCACCUGCAGCAACCUCACCUUCAGUCAUCUAACAAAGCGAAGACGUAAAGAAGUGACGACUUGAAGGUAAUGGAGCUUUACACACAAAGAAAAAGAAAAUGAAUGGAGCUCAUUGCUCUUAGUGAUUAGCCUUUUAGCUGUUGCCUCUUAGAUUUACCUGAAUGGCAAAGCUCCAUCUUCAGUCGCUACUUAAGUCUUCUACACAUAUUAGCUGUGCCACAUGUGUGAAUUUGUGUUAGUUUGGCAGUUUUGAGCCAACCCUUUAAAUUCACAAUGUGUAUUGGUGAUUUUUUCAUGAAUUAUCUCUCUGACUUCCACAACAAAAGUAAAACAUAAACUCUGAAGAUAAGAAUAGGAAAUGAAAGAAGAGAGUUGUGCGUAAGAGCAUUGUUAUCAUCACUAAAGAGUGUCAAAAUAGGAACAUUAAUGUUGGCAAAAAUCGAUGACUGCUUAGGGUGUAAUUGGUUAUUAUUUACAAGAAGAAAUUGCAAAGGCAGAAUCAUGAACAUUAUUUGAAGAGGAGCUUUAUGAUGGUCCAUUAAAACAUUGAGGAUGUUUUUUUGUGCGUCAUCAGGUCAGCGUCAGAACAAUCCCUUGUUGGCAGCGUUAAGCAUGCGUGGCUUUAUCAGGUUAUCUCAAUGAACGGUUCUCAUAAAUUUAAUAACAGGUGAGUAAGCAGUUACGAUGUGGUUGUGCUCUACUUGGCUGUUGUUAAUCAUACAUACAACUGUGUGUGGUCCAUCUAAAAUACAGUAGGAUACAAGGAUUUCUUCAUUACAUUAACCAAAGGCAGCUGUAUGGUAGCCUGUCAGGGUCAUGAUUGGGCCGUCUUAAUCCAAUUACUAAAGACCGGGACCAGAUCAGGCAGGCAUCCAGGCUAAAAGCAGAGGAUGAGGUCAUAGUAAUGGCGGUGUGCCUGUGACAACACAACAUGCUUCAUUCAGGCGAAAAGCCAGUGUCCAGUUUCCCUUCUCCUAUAACAUCCAGAAACAUAAAAAUCUGUCAACAAAGACACCACUGUGCUGCCAUGUGACAUGACUGAGCAAAAGUAACACAAUGGCUUCUUAUUCUCCUCUCCUAUACAUUGAGUUGUCUUGGUAGAAUCAUUGCUUGGUUGCGCUCCAGCGUACAUUUUACUCUUCUUUACGCCCUAAAAAAGUGAUUUUUGGUCUUCCUUUCUAGUAUUUCUAGAGUUUUGGAUUGAAUCUAUAGGUCCACAAACUGACCUUUCUUGUUUCUGUACAAGAUUUAAAACAACAUAACAAGCACUUUGACAUUCCCAGAUAAGAAGAACUGCAAGAUCCACAAAGUUCAGCUUUAUGGCUCCAUGUUUUGAUAAUAAAUCUUGACUAUGGUUUUCCUGUAACUACAUGGACUCUUGCUGAGUUGGAGCAAAACCCUGCUAAAUCAAAUCCUCUUCCUCCUAUUGAAAUGAAGACAAAAUUACCCUCCUCUGACCCUCGUGCUACAUCCUGUUUACUUGAGAGGAGUUUUGCUUUUUAUAGUCAGAAGGAAGCAUAUGAAAUGCCGCUCCGUGUGUGUCCGGAUGCUCUGAGCGGAUCAAAGGAAAUGACUACAUUAAGUUCAUCAGACAGGUCACUUCUGUCACCUGACUUCAACAGGAAAAAAUACAUUAAUUCACAACAAUCCAUAUUUUCUAAAUAGGAGGAAUGGGCUUACCCUCACUGUGGUUUGUUAUCAUCAUCAGCACUCAGAAUACUGCAUUUCCCUGCAAUGUUCUUGCCAAUACCAUAAACAACAAGACCGGGAGCUUGCAUCUAGCUGCAGUAUGCACCUUAAAAAAAGCUGUGCAUGCUUAGUUUUACAGUGUGGGUGUGUGCGUUGAAAAAUAUGCUGAAUCAGAAAAUAAAGUUGGCUCAGUCAUCAGCGCACUCCACAACCUUGAUGCAGUGGGGACAUUUUAAACUCAUUAGCGGUGGAUUCGCAAGUUUCCAAUGGCAACCUAUCAGCUCAGUCUAUCCAAACAAUAAUAGAAGACAUGAAAAUGCGAAUUGAUACCAAAGCAGUCCCAAAAGUUUGAGGUUAGAGAAACAAAAGGAUCCGAGAUGGGGGGUGACUUAGCGUUCUCAUUAGUAUGUAUGAAGAGCAGGAAUACAUUUGUGGUAGCCGCAGUUGGACAGAUGGGCAGCACUCCAACCUUACCCCAUGCAUACACAUUAAGGGUGUGAUUCUCCCUGCGCUCUGCAGUUUGUUCCAGGGCAUCCUGUGUUUUAUCAGAUUGGGGAUGAGAUGUAGACAGUCAUAGUGUCCUGUUUACAUGAGCAUGCUCUGGCACACCCCUCUGAAAUUCUACAUAGUCCGCUGAUAUCAAUUAUCUCUAGACUGACAGAGUGCUGCUGCCAGUCUCACCUAAAUGAAUCAAAUUCAUAGAACAGUCUCUUCGAUUUAAUAGUCUGUCUGUUCAAACAUUAACAGACUCAAUAUCAAAGGCUUGUCUUGUCCCGUUUAGCUAGGGGUCCAUUUUAAAUGCAACCCCAUGGUGCAAUCAGGGCACAGUGGCACGUCUACAUUCACUCCACGCUUCAGACGCGCCCACAGCCAUUCACCGCCACCUUCACUCCUCCUUCCUCAGGCUCCUAUUGUAAAUAGGCUAGUGGGUCUAGGUCCCCCUGUCACUGCGUGCCACAACCAAGUCUCAUGGAGCCCACGCUUUGGAACCCUCAGGCAUGACUGAACAGGGGAGAGGAGAGGGAGGCAUUGGGAAGGGAAAUGGUGUAGAGGGAGGGGAGAUAAUAAGACAGAGCUGUAUAGUUUGGCAGGGGGUUGCCUUUAUAUGAAUAACAACAUUAGAGUUUGGGCUGAGGGAGAACCAGCAGAGGAGGGGUUUUAAUUGGAUGUGUGCCAGUCUCUCAGGGGUCCUUGAAAAAUGGGGAUAGGAGACGGAGAAAGGGAGAGAGUUUUGGAUGGGAGGGGCAGCGGGCAAUGCCUGGUUUCCUGUGGGAACCAGUUCACUCUGUUUUAGAUGGGAUAAGAAUGGGGGUUUCUCCAUCAGCUGGUUUAAUCAGUUCAAGUGCUGGUGCUUUAAAUGCAGAAAAUUCAGCUAUCUUGUUUUUAAAUAUGUAUCUCCUUUAAAAACAGUGGGCUGGGCUCCAGUAUUUACUCGGCUUUGACUGCGGGGUAUUGUUUUUGGCUUAUCUUUCAUCUUUAAUUUAUUAUCCGACUUGAAUGCUCUGUUGUUGGAGAGAUGUAAGAGCUGAUUGUUUACUUUAAGGAGUGUAUUAAAGAACUUAUCACUGAAUACAGAGCACUCACAUGUCUGCUGCAUAUCCAUUCGUUUUCCUCUUCGCACACAGAUAUGAUCUAUUAUGUGCACAGUGGGGGAAGAAAGGAUACCAAGCCCUAUUCUCAUUCAUUGCAAAGUGACAUGGCCACAUAUGGAGACUUGCACCCUGACCCUGGAUCUAACCUCACUAGUUGAGAGACCGCAUGCACACUCAGUCACUUACAGGAUUUAAUUACUGCAAACAGGGGAGGGGGGGUCAUUAUUCUUUGUGUAGCUGGGAGGAAAGGCAGGACUUGCCCAAGAGACCGUCGUCUGGUUUUUGGAGGGUGAAUGGACUAAGAGUCGCAGAUUUUUGUUAAAUACAACAUAAAAAAAGAGACUGAACGAUAAGAUGUACCCUGUUCAUGACCAGAAUGGUGAUAAUAGACAGAUUUGAAGAGAAACAUUGAAGCACAUCGAUUGAGAACCUUUAGAAUAAGGCGUAUUUAGUUUCCGCAGUCCCUCCCCCAUCCUGUCAGUGUGUCAUCCUGAUUGAUUAGUCAUGUCUGAACGCUAAUAGGGUUUAUGAUGAUGAGGGGAACAAUGGAAGUGUGCAACAUAUUAAUAACUUUGAAUGACAGCAGCCUGAGGGUUUGAUAAAACUGUCCACACUAGCUGUCAUCAUAACCAACAAAUGCAUUCAAUGUUAAUGUCACGUCUUUCUUUCUUCUCGGAGUUUUGACCUUGGACUUUGUAGGGAAAUAGAAUCACGUUUGUGUGUGUGUGGGUGUGUUUGUGUGUGUGGGUCAGAGUAAUCCAUGUGUGUUUAUGUGUGCACCCCAGCUGUGGCCCCAGCUGCUCCCCUCUUCUGUCAUUUAUGUCAGUGUAAACGAGAGGCUGUUCAGCGAGGAGGGGGUCACGUGUACUGACUUCUCCAGGGAGCAGUGUCCACUCCAAAGUGACUCAGUUGCACGCUUGUCCAGAUAGCAAAGAGCUAAAGUAAAGUACUUCAAAGUAACCUCAGACCAGCGUGUUCUUUGUUCAAACAAAUCUGAAAUUGGAGAGGGAUGGGACACUGAUAGGCGAGGAGCAUCGCCAAAGAAAGGAGGAGGAGGGCAAUCUGUGCUUACUCUGAAACAGCCAUCUGUGUCAGUGGCAUCCCCCUGCUCUGCCUCUACUGACCGCCUCCCAUUCUCCCGACUGUAAUUGGCAUUGUAACCAUAACGACGGCUGUUCCCCUGGGGUGCUGGCGCGUGGACCUGGGAGAUCAAAUCCAGACGCGUAGUGUCAGGCAGAAAGGGGAAGCGACAGCAUGACUACAGGCGGCAGGCGCAGAUAAGGCAAAGUCUUUGCAUUGCAAAUGACUGAGGGUGUGAAUGCUUAAGAGCUGGAUCUGGUAUGGAAAACUGGGUGAUAUGAAGGCUGAUAAAGAACCCGGUCUCCAGCCCAGACACAGACCCAACCCAGAUAUGAUGGAGUAAUAUAUCAGGCCUAUUGAAUCUGUGCACUCCCUUGAGAUACCGGCUUUUUCCUCCAUUCUGUUGCAGAUUUAGCAGCCGAACAAUAGACCUGAUAAACAGCCAGGGAUAAACAGAUGCUUCCUCGUGAUUAAUUGACUGCUUCGUUUGAAUUCUGUGGACAAAAGUAGAGUUAAAUACCUUGAGGUUCAUCCCCCAAUUAUACGAGAAAAUAAUUUAUUUGUGUGUGGCUUACAGGGGAGAAAGAAAAACAGUAAUUCCAUUCAAAACAAACCUCAGGAAAUACUUUAACCCAUCCCAUCCAAACUUGCUUAUUCUGUAAAUGUUGAUAGAGGAGCGAGGUUUGUUUUUAAGCUUAGCCGAGAGUGGUGUGAAAACUGCAGCUUCUGCUUAUAUCCCCCGAUCAGUAACAUGCAAAAAUCCAACCCUGAUUUAUUUUUCAUAUACACUGAAGGCUAAAUAAACGGCUCUGAGACACCCGGUUUUUUAGCUGUCUUUGGUGGUAUAAUGACUGUUGCAACCUGUAAUAACAGGGUAGCCAGUUGGUGAACACCCACACUGUCCACAGAGCCUUCAGCCUCACACAGACAGUGUAAUAGCAGCAUAGGGCUCCACUGUUUCUUAUUGCAGGUGUUUCACCUUUCUACAGGAGAUCAUACAUUCCCUCUGAAGUCCCGUCUUUGUCGACAUACGAUGAAUAUAGAUUAGCUCUGAUCUGACCAAAGACUUCACACAGAAUCUCUAAUGCUGGCCUCAGAUUAGUGGCCACUGUGAAGUCAGAAUAAAAUGUAGUUUUCCCCAGAUAGAUCUGAUGAAAGCGCUAACCAGCUCUUAAUCAUUAUACACUGAUGUAUGCUGGGAGAAUCUGUGUAGAGUUUCAACCAGCUGCAGCGGCCCAAUUAAGGGUUUCUGAUAUUUUUAUGGCGAAGGACGACUUUUUCUCUGAGACGUGUUAAGGGCCUCAUGAGUCUGAUUAGUACAUCGCUCAUGCUCACACUCUCCCUGUGUGUGUGUGUGUAUGUGUGUGCGUACAUGUGUUUUCUUUAAGUGUACGAGUGUACGUUGUCCCAGUAGCUCCAUCCCCUCUGGCGUUUUCUCUCUCCUUGUCUUAACCUGCACAUCAGGAGAACUACAAUCUGGCACAUCUUUUCUUUGUAGUUGUAUUUCGAAAGUUUACGCCCGUGGAGUCUCACGCAGACAGAAUAAUGCUCAGCCAGUUUUCUUCAGGGCCUAUAUUUUUUAUUUUUAGGGGGAAAAUGUGUCUUUGGCAUACAUAUUGGUUCGUUUUCCUAACCCUUGCUUUUCUUAUUUUCUCUGUAGUGUAUCUCUUGCUUUUGGCACGCAAUGCGGCCCUCGUGUGUGUUGAAAACACAAGUUGCAUGCUGUGUUGCCGGAACCCCUACAAGGCUUUGAACACGCUCCUCUUCCUCGGUCUCAGAGGGCAGAACAAGCCGAAACACGGCUAAAGCACCAGGUGCAGCAGUUUGGCUGACUGCAGGGCACACCAGGAAAUUGGGAAGGGGAUGUGUGUGGAGUGUGUGAAAUUGUCCAGGCUUGUGUUUGAAUAAUACGCUAUGGGCGCUGGGCUUCACAGUGAAUCAGUGCGGCUGGGCUCUGGCUGAUAUCUUUGCCUUUCUCGUUUGCAUUUUCUCACCUUAUUUCACAUCUUUCUCCUUGUGUGAAAUUCGACUUUUUUUCUCUCUUCCUGCGUAUUAAAAUGACUCCUUUUUUAAUUUUUCCACUUAAAUGAUUCAAAUUGAAGCUGCUGAGAUUUUCAAGCAGGACAGAGAUAUUUGCAACCAGUGAGGAGUUAAUCAUAACCACCACAGAUAAAUUGCAAAUCCUUGUUUUUGCAUUUCCACCCUUCCCCCUCUGGAGAGUGAAGUCUGAAGUAAAUAGUUAUCCUGUCUGUUACUUAUUAAAAAAGCACCACUGGCUUUGGCAUAGUAACCUUUCCUCCCCAACAACACUCUCCCAGUUAAAACAAGUUAACUAAACACAAACUCUGCCACGUGACAUGAUUUGGAUUCCUCUGCAAACCACUUUAUAUGGUCUGUUAGAGCAGAAAUAACACGGUGGGCAAUGAAGUCAUGGAGGAAAAUAAACAAAGUCAAGCGCACUGAGCUUCUUUUGGAGUUGUGUAGUAGUUCUAGGUCACAACUUUUGUGUUUCAGGAAGCCACUGCUUUUUAACUCCAUGCCCGAAGAAAUCUGUGUAACCAAGAGUUGAUAGUGGCCGGAUAAAUAUAGAAUCAGCACACAGCUCAAGGCAAAGCCAAGUCUCUGGCUGUGCUGUGGCCUGUGAAUAGAGAGAUGAAGAUAAAAAGAGAGGAGAAGCAGGAUGUCUCUGUUUAUCAUCGCAAACUGAAGCUUCCACGUGAGCCUUGCUUCACGAGGCUGGAGAAUCCAUUCAGUGUUGGUUGUUUUUUUUUUUCCCCCUUCUUCCAGCUCCACCUCUCUUCCUCCGCAGUCGCCUACAAUGACUAACAGCCACCAGCCUUCAGUGUUGCUCAAACAACUGCUUUGGCAUUCAGGGUCAACCUCAACACUCACGCUGAACUCAUCGAAACAACACAGGGUUAUAUUGUUCAGCGUUGGUCACUGGCUUUCUGUCAUGGCCUAGGAAUGCUGCUGGAGAGCGACAUCAGCCUCCCACUCAGGUCGACAAGACUCUCCAGAUGCAUUUUUUCCUGUCACAUUUCUGCUCUUAGAGGUUCCUUGUGCAGCAGUUCAGAGCAGGCAUGCCCUGAUUUGCCCUAUCUGGCAUCAUCCAGACCGGUUAUCAUGUCUCAGAUUCAGUGUUUGUUUAUGGGACGCCCCUGGCAGAUUUUCUCUGGGGCUUUUCCUCUUCCAGUAGUUUAUUUUUUUAUAUCUCUGGGCAUCUCAGGUCUACUCUUCUACUCUUAACUCAGUCCGUUCCUGCAAUGCUGAAGCUGCUUCCUCUUUUAUCCCUUUUCAGUUCUUCAUUCAUUUCUACCUCUUUGCCAGGUCUUUGUUAAGCAAGCUUUACUUUCCUAAUAGAUCCAGGCUGUGAGACCACAGGGAGCUGAAGGGAAACUUGAGAACAGUGAGAUGAUUAGAGCUGGACCAGAGAUAAAAGAAUCCGAUCUAAAUCUGGAGACUUUUCUAAUUGGGUUUUAUUCCUAAGGCAGGAUUGUCAAAUGGGACUCAGUUGUAUGGAUUGAAAUUCUCUAGGCCUUGUGCAUAGAUAGUGUGUGUUGGUGUGUGUGCUAACUUGAUCAUACUCACUGGAUUUAUACUCCAAACCAGUGUCUUCAAUAAUCACGUCCUCUGAGCAAAAUUCUCCUGCUCACUCUGUACCAAACAAAAAAACACUUUUUUUUUCUGUAGGAUAGGAGCUGAAAAUAGCAUUUUAGAUUUAGCUUCCUUCAGCUCCAUCGGGCCUCUGAGACCAGCUGUAUCGAUCUGUUUACCUCUCCGAGACCUAAAGCCCAUCUCCCCGGUGCUCUUGACUCCUCAGAUCAAAGAAACACGAGCAGAAGGACUCUCCUGCUUGAGCACCUUUUGACCUAAAUUCUCUCUGUUUGGAUUAACCAUGUAAAAUGUAGCUGUAGCCUACAUGAGCCAGUAUUCUGCUUUUUUUCGUCUGUUAUUGAAAGGCGAUGAUCGGAGCAGAGGCAUGUGAUUGACUGGUUCCCGAUUGCUCUCACCUUCUAAUCAUUGGACUUUGUCUCUAACGGCUGUGAGAUUACAGGGCAGAGCAAUGACAACACCAUGUUCAAGCACGCUUUGAACACAAACUACCGGGUCUGCAGACGUGUCGAAGGACACACUAUCUUAGCAACAUUUGUUUUGCUCAGAGAUAAACUGAUUAAGUGUCAAAUAGAUCCCCAUUACCACAGCAACUAGGUUUUUGAAUAAGCUAUUGUCUUUGUCCUUCUGUAAAUUAGUUUGCCUUCAUACACCCACACGAAAGUCUCUAUUUACAGCUCUGUGGGUUUACAUGUGACGAUGACUACUUUUUUAAAAGAUGCACAGUUUCAGUGAGACUAAUGUUAGGAGGAAGUGAUGAAAAUAACUCUGACAGCCAAGAAAAAAGAAGUGAGAUCAGAGGUGAGUCGUCUCAUUAUAUCAAUUCCUCAGUCACAUGGUGCUUUUUUACUGCAGUCAUUAUGUACUUUGAUCCCGGCCUGACAGCCUCAGAUAUAAAGACCUUCCCAGCAGGGGUGUCUCCCUUCAGCGCAUAACGCUUGAACUCAUCUGGAAUCCCAUAUUUCAUUUUGUUGAUGGUUAAAGCUGGUGAAUUAUUGACUUUUCUGAGUUUAGCUCCACAAUGUUAGCCACAGCCGUCUAUCUAUGAGGAAAUCCAGUCCAUACACCACACUAAUGACUAAAGACCUGCUGUUUAUUAGCUUCACAGAGAGUAAUAAUCCGUGCUCCAGUAUUCAACAUAAUAAAAAUGCAGCAUAUGGCAAGCUAAAGAUGAAUUAUAAAUUGGGUGGGCAGCUUACUGUGGGAUUGUCAGCUUGGUCGCGUGUGUACCCUGUUUUAAAGUAGCCUAAAACCACGCUUGGGGAUCUCAGAUUAAAGGCCAUGGGGGUCAGUGGGUUCUCCUUUUUGGGCUCUGCUCUACGUUUAAGGGGUCAUCCUUUUUAGAUUUGACUGUAUGAACCCUUUUUUUCAUAUCCACAAUGCCCAAAGAUUACAGUGAUUAGAUUACCCUGGUUUUCUGAUUGGGUUAAUCCCGUCUGUGUUAAUGAUUUUCUCAUUUAAAAAAAGCGUCUCCUGCUGGUUGACCUGUGAUUUUGACACACGAGAGAGAGGUAUUCAACAGCCACAGUCAGAGUUCAUAGUCACUGACUUGAGUUGUUUAUUGAUAGAUUUGCUGACAGUGAAAAGCUACUUAAACUUUGGUACUUGACGCACAUCCUAAUAGACCAUUUUUAACAGUACGAGGAAGUUAGCAUUCUGCUCACUUCCGGUGUUAGCGUGUGGUGGAGCUACUUGGCAUCGCCCAUAGACGGCCAUUCAUUUUUCAUGAUAUUAACAAGCUCGCCACUCGUUUUUUUUUAAAGCGAAUGUAAAAUUGUAUGCUUUGUGCUGUUUUACUAACUCCUGUUCUUCAUAAUACUGUCCGGGUUUUGUACUUUACUUUUCGGGAAUUAUGUUAAAUAGGUCUGGAAAUUUUCUGAUGAUGGUAACCAUUGCUCUUCAGUAAUGACCUAUUAAACAUAAUUCCCGAAAAGUAAAGUACAAAAUCCGGACAGUAUUAUGAAGAUCACGAGUUAGUAAAACAGCACAAAGCAUACAAUUUUACAUUACCUUGUUAAUAUUGUGAAAAAUGAAUGGCCGUCUAUGGGCGAUGCUAAGUGGCUCCACCACUCGCUAACACCGGAAGUGAGCAGAAUGCUAACUUCCACGUACUGUGAAAAAGGUCUAUGGCGAGCAGAAAUGAGUCACUUAUGUUUGCAUGGAUCUUGUGCAGCAGUUCGACACUAAACUCAUGUACAGUUAGAGGUAUGAUGUGUAGUAUUUACCCAUAAUUGUGUAAAGCAAAUGCACUUGUUGGAAGAUGAAAAGGAGAGUAGCUGUUGUGCAAAAACUUGACAAAUAGAGGAUCAUACCUGUCAUGCAAAACAGGAACUUCUCGACCAUGAAGGCCACUGUCGCAUCAUAAAUAUGAAGGAUUAUCUAGGUAUCAUUUCAGUCGAGAAUCAGAUGAUCAGUUUUCCUGAUAAAAAUCAAUUUCCUGCUUGAAAAGAUGUUGAGAUGCAUAAUCUGUAGUGAAUAAGUGCAAUUAUUUUGACUGUCUUUGAGAGAAACCAUCAAAAUCAGCUCUAAGGCAUUGUCUCAGACAUUAGCAAUUCUUUCUUAAUGAAAACAAAAUAAGUUUAGAGACAUUCAUUCAGACAUUUUAGACUUGAAUUCUGAGAGGAUGGGACAGUGUACAGAGCAGGGAAUGAAGCAAGAGUGUGGUGGAGUGACAUGGUAAAGGGGCCAAAGGUUGGAAUCAAACCCCAGCUGUGAGGAUCUUAACCCUCGUAUACAGGGGGCACGUGUAGAUUACUAGGCCAGCGGCGUCUAGUCUUGUGACAUUCUCAUGUAGCCACGUUUAGAUCCAAGAUAAAAUGUGGUUCUUGCUCAGAAUUUUGCCCUCGUAGUCCACAGAUAAGUUGCCUAUACUACCUAAAAAUAACCUCAGCUGAAGAAAACACAUGUUUUUAGUAUCACUAUCUCACGGUUUGGUUCACCAUCAUUCCUGGAGAUGUGCGAGAUAUUAAAGCCAGCUUGCACGAGACAUGAUGUCACGCACUCCUGUAACCCAUUGAACUAGUUUUUGAAUAUUCAACUAAGUCCCGCAAGUAGGUCAGUGCGACCACUACAAAUUUCCAGAUUUUCCUUUCUCUAAAGGAAUUACUGGGAUUAAUACGAUACGCAGUCAAAGAGAGAAAAUCCUGCAGCAGCCAGUCACGUGCAGAUGGAAGGGGGUAGCAGGUCAGAGAGAAGAGAGAGCGCGCUGCAGCUGCAAACAAGGUCAGAACCAGUGCCUCAGGUGAUUUCAGAUUACCGCCCGCGCUCGAGCUGUGAGGCGGGAUGAGAAUCAGAAUUUCCAUCAGCCUGCUGGUAGUGACAGGAUGGGAAAUCAAAUCUGUAAUCAUGAGGGUUAUUAUUUGGAGAUGGUUGUGGGUAUCCUAACCUAGAUUCUGCUACAGUUAAGGACUGACGUUGUCUUUCCUUUUUUUCUCUUGUCAUAUUUUGGUGCUUGCAGGCCACUAACAAAUUAAGGUCAAAUUAAAGCAGCACCAUGGGCAGCACUUUUAAUAGCCCUCAUACUGAUAAGUGACUCUGCAUGACUUCUCUCAGCAUUUCAGUGGCAAAGAAAGCAGAAGAGAAGCCUGUACUUCUUUUGUAGUAAUUUAAUUUUUAUAAACUUAUUCUCAAAAUACAUCUGCUGACUUCAUCACACUCUGCCAUGAUCUCCGAAGGUAUUAAGAGCAUUAGAGCACGGGCGUCUCAUGAUCACCCAGACUCUAGUCCGUUCGCUCUACUUUUCCUGCGUGGUUUUCCCAUCUGUGGAGUCACUGCUGAGCACGUGCGAGGGAGGCCAACAUCCUGCAGGAAUGGGAUGGGGGAUGGGGCGGCAAGGGGGAAGACAGGAUGAUGCAGCCCAGAUGGAGCCUAACUGAUUAUCUCUAUGGAGCAGUCCCGAGUUGAACCACAGUAGAAAUCACAGAGUAAACCUUUGCCUUUACAGUAAGGAUAGCCAGUAGCCAAAAAAAACAAAAUAAUAAAUGCUUCAUCCACUGAAUUUACUCACUGACUUCUAAAGGAAAUAAAACCGGGUAUGACUUUUUAAUACUCCAGCUUUCAAUUAAAAUCUAAUUUCUUCCUUUAAUGUCUCUCCAGGCUUUUGGACAAGCCUACUCCAACCACAGGAAGGUGGCAGCAGAUGGAGAGAGCCGCGAGGAGUCCCUGAUCCAGGAAUCGGCCUGUAAGGAGGCCUACUACGAGCAGAGGGUCCUGGAGCUGCAGACCGAGCUCCGCCAGACACGCAACAUCCUCACCAACACCCAGUCUGAGAACGAACGCCUGAACACCAUCUUCCAAGAGUUGAGAGAGGUGAGAUUUGGGAAUUCCCAUACGAGAAACAUGGAAUUACUCCUGAUAUUGAGUAGGGAAUAGAACUUCCAAGUCCUUGAAAAAGAUGUCUUCUGUAAUGGUAUUCCUCCCAUGUCAGAGCUUUGAAAUUUCCAACUUUGAAGCACUUGCGGUUGAACUCAUUUGUAAAACUGCAGCAGAGAGCUUUGUCUGAUCUUGUUUGCUUGCAGCUUUUGUGUGUUUGUGAUCGUCUAAUGUCUGAAGCAGCAGAAAUCCCCAGACAUCCAUCUCUGAUCAGUCUCUAGUGCUGUAAUUUCAAACCGAGGGGAACCCGAGUCAUAUGAUGGUUCAUAUUUCAUUACUUUAUCGCAUUACGUGAAGAAAAACAAGAAUUGCCCUUGUUGACAACAAGUCUAAAAGUCAUAAGCAGUGCCACCUAAUCAUUUCGCAGAUUCCCAUUCGCCUCUGAGUCUUUCAGUAAAACUGUUCAAACCUGAAUUAUGUUGGUGGCAGAUGAAAGACUCGAUGGCUGUUGUGUUUUGCUGCGUGCUAAAACAAGCUUAAUUAUCACGUAACCAUUGACAAAGAGAAAUCUGACGAGAAGAAGCAACACCCUGCCUUCAAGCUUUAAUUGAUGCCCUCCACCUGUACUGUGUGGCUAGGUGGGGUUAUAAUUACAGACAGCAGAGGCCAAGGUAAACAGGCGCUGUUGCAUAAGAUGAUAUGAUUGUUUAUGAAUUGAAAACAGAUUUCUUAGAAUCAUGAGGACAGUUACGUGACAAUGAUGAUUAACCUGUUGCUCCAACCGUGGAUGAAGUGGCAUGCCUUUUCAUCCAAAAUCAGCUCAGACAAGAUCUCUAUCAAACAGAUUCAUGACUAGAGGUGUCCCGAUACAACUUUUUAACCUCCGAUACGAUACUGAUAUUGUAGCCUUCAAUCUUGGCCGAUACCAAUAUCGAUAUUGAUCCGAUAUUAGCACAAAUUUGACAAGUUUUGCACUCAGCUGCAACGUCUUUUUCAGACUUUAAUAAAAAAUACAGCCACAGGGCCAACAUCACUCCUACUCCUUGGAGUCUGGAAUAGACUGCCUGUAUCGGAGUGCUGAUAUCAGAGAUUUUAGAUGCAUGCCGAUAUAAUCCAACAUUCGAUUUUUUGCUGAUAUCGGACCAAUAUCAGAUAUCAAUAUCAUAUCAGGACAUCCCUAUUCAUGACUGAGCCAUUUUCAUAAAUCAAAGCAUGCCCUCUCUGCACAUUCCAACAGGCUCUCCCCAACUAUCAUAAAGAAAACCUUUAUAGUCUGCGCCCCACUUUCAACAAUGUCUGACCUCUCCACUGCUGCCAUUUACAUACAGUCGCAGCUAAUUAACCUCAUUAAAGGAGACAAGAGUCGGGUGCAGAGCGUGGGUUGAGUGUCUCUGCCAAUGGGCACGCAUGUGUGGAGGAACUGGUGAUGGGGAGAUUGGAUUAACAGGAGAGCACUACAGGCUGGAAAACACACUACAGGCUGAGAGAUGUGCAGGGAGAGGGAGACUGUUUAACACAAAGACGGGGAGACAGAAAGGGGUGAAAAGAGAUGAAUAGAACCUGACAGGAGGGCAGGGGAGAGCCUCCUGCAAGAAUAGUAAAAGAGGUGGUGUUAAAGUUGCUUCUUUUUUUCUUCCUUUUAAUGUGUUUUAAAAUUCCUACAUACCUCCACCGUGCACCUGACCUCUUGGUGUGCAGUCAUUUCACCUUUCUCCACAUCUUCUCCGGAUAAAAAGCUUUUGAAAGUGGUGGUUAAACUCAUAAGUAUUCAAGUCUCUUCCUGUGUUAGCACUCAGCUGAUUCAGCCAAUUUUUUUUUUUUCAGGUCAGGUUGGUAAGUGUCAAAAAGGGGGCCUUUUCUUCCAGGCUGAGUCUUAAUGUCUUUGGCAGACAGCUGCAGGAGGACUCUCCAGCUUGUUUUCUGCGCCUCACUGCUUGAGACAGAUGUCAGCCGCGUUUUUUACCAAGAUUAGUGAAAACGACUUAAAAAUGGCAUGUCCCUCACAACGACUUAAGUUCCGGAAAGCUCCAAAUUCCCCUAUAAUUAGGUCAGCCGCUGCUCAGCUCUGCAUCUCUAAGUUGGUAUAAGUUGGGUGUUAUUAAAGCCAGAUGUGCCUCUGCAGACAUGUUUUGAUACAGAGUCAGCUCCUAUAUGAUUGUUGGAUGUAAUAACCCAGCUGUUUUGAGUCUUAAUAACACUAUUGUAGCAUUUCAGUUAAAACCAAACUACUAUUUCCUGUAAACAUGAUUUACAGCUUCAAUAACACUCAUGUUGCGCUGGUGGCCUGCAUGAAAGCCUCUCUAAAGGUGCCAUUCCUCUUAUAAACACCAUUAUACUGCAUUGUGAAUUCCUGCCAGCUCUAAUUGGCUGCAUAAAAGGACCUGGAGUGAAAAUCACCCAAUGCAUUGGAUAUAAAGCCACCCUUCUAAUGGUACUUCUGUGGGUGUGAGGAGGAGUGUGUGUGGCAGGCAAAUGGAGGGAGCCUGGGCACUGAGGCUGGCAUUGUGACCAGACUGACGGGAUUGAAAGAAAGCUUUUGUCUCCUGGGUUUCAAAUUAGCUGAAAAGCUGAGGCAGGGAGUAGAAAACGGAGGGGAGGGGUGCGGAGAGAUGAUGAGAAUGGUGCUGAAGCGAAAGAAGGAGGUCUAAAAUCCGUUAGAGGAGGAGAAAGGCCUAAUGAGAGAGAAUACAGCUCCAACGGUGGAUGCUGCUGCUUUUCUGGGACAGCAUGGCUAAUCAUAUUGAGUCAGGACGCCGACUGAAUGACUCAAUUUCAUCAUGGAAUUCAGCUGACAGUUGGGCUGUAACUGUUGCCUUUUGUGUUUGUGUGAAAGUGAGUAAAUUUCUCCUCUAAAGCAGAGACAUAUUUAGGUUGAAAGCUUUCACAGAGUGAGCACAGCCAAAGGAAAGCUCGUGAACGGCUUACAAAAUGUAAUUUCACCGCCUGUUGUUCAAAAAUCAAUGACUAGAUUAUGUCAUCUUCUGAGGACCUGGAAGCUUCACUGCGUGUGAAAUGGCUUUUAUGUCAGCACAGGCCAGUUCAUUCACGACUAUUUAGUUACAGCACUGCAGCUGGAUGCUUCCACCACAUUUCAGCCUCCCAGGCAGGCCCUAGUGCCAAAGACUCGAUGUUAGCCCAGAGCACUGAUAAGACAUAUUUCACCGCUAUGGCGUCGUCUACAGGAUUAGACCUCCAUAAAGAGCCCGGCACAUUGUGAGGAGGCGCACUCUAACAGGCAUGACUUCAUUAAAUUCAAUCCCAUUGCUGAAGAAUGUGCCCACAGUGAUGGCUGCCGUUAUCCUCGGCGCCUGAGGAAAUAAUGAGGCACAGCUGAAGAUAAAAUGCUCAAAAAAUGUUAUCAGUGUUGUUCAGUUUUAGCUAUCUCUCUAUCAAAACUCCUGGAAAGUGUAACAUGUUUCUUCUACCUCAGCGUCACCAGAUUGUUGCCGGCAGUCAUUCCCGUUCUUCUCAUUUGCAUCACUAUCACAGGAUGAUGUUAACACCAGUGGUCUGCUGGUAUCAGUUUUUAAAAGGCCUAUACUAGGAGAGCAGGUAGGCUAAUAAUGCCUGUAUCACAUUGAUGGUAGUUUUACAUUUGGCACAAUUUAUAAAAUGUACAAAUAAGACACAAAACCGCUGAACUUGGGUAAAUAUUUUUUAAACAAAUGUAGUCAGAAGAAUUUUUGGCUCAAUAAAAUAUGCCUGAAGAAACUUUAGAUGACUUUCCAGCCAUCCACCAUGAUUAAAUAUGGAAAAAAACAAAACAAACAAAAAAGAAAACGGGCUGAAUAUUUGGGUUAAGAUAAAAAAAAGUCAGGUGUAAUUUUACAUUUUCGUUCACAUUACAGUCUAAUGUAAAAGACCACACAUCUGCUUCCUGCUCUUCUCUACAAAAGAGGAUUAAGGCCACAAGAAGAGAAACGAAUAAUUACAGGAGGAUGAUUUUUUAAAUUUCCAUUUUGAGAUUGAAGUCCAAAUUUCGAGAUUAAAGUUUAAUCUCGAAAUUUUAAUUUUUUUUAUCUCAAAAAUUCGACAUUCACGAAUUCACUAAUUUUCAUUUUCAAAAAUUCAACCUUAUUGACACAAUUUUGGUUUUUAAACUCGAAAUUUCAACUUUAACUCCUUCCUGUAAUCAUUUUUUUCUCUUCAUGUGGCCCUAAUCCUCCUCCAUACUUCUCCCUGCUCUCCUCUCACUGUUAUAAUUUGAUAUGGUGUUAUUCAGGAUGGGAUAAUUGGCCAACCGAUUAAUCAACCAAUCUCUAAUUAACACUUCCUGUCCGUUCAUUUUGAAGCUAACCCUCUAAAAAUAAUUCACUUUCCUCCACCUAUAACCAUCUCUGACAAAAAAAAAACCACCAUUAAAAUUAAUGUGUGUACUCACUUUAAUGUCGAAGCCCCUCAGUGUUAAACAUGAUUGCUUUUUCCGCCUCAUUGAGGCAGUGGAUGGAGUUGUCAGAUAAUAACGCUGGUCUUAAUUGGAGUGCUGUUUUGUUGGCUGGAUUAAACCGCUGACAGAGAAGUGACAGAUUUUGGAGAAGGAGGUAUCUACAUUCACAUCUGGAAAUUGAAUCGCACUUGAAGGACAGCCAUUGUUGAAGAAUCGGAGUGAAAGGCUGCAGGAUUUCAGGAGCAGAUGGAGCAUGAGCGCUGUCUUUGCAGUGCUGAACCUUUACCUUGAUUAUUGAAAGGUCAGAGUGGAGUGGUAAAAAGAUCCAAGGAAGGUCGCUCUUUGUUUCCUGUUAUUAUCAUCCCAUGUGAGGCUAAUGUAAGAAGACCCCCAAAGGCCUUUUGGGUAUUGAGGCUGUCUGCACCAUUAUUCCUUUUGACAUCAAUACCGAGGCAGAUGCUCCUCUCUGGCUCUGAUUGGGAAAGAGGGGCGGGGGGGAGUAUAGCAAGACAAAUGGUGGCUGCAACAAUCAUCUUUGAAGACUAGACUACUAGAGAUUCAGGGGAGCAUGAGCAGAAGAGGGAGUGAAAAAGUGCAAAGCUCCCUUUUUUUUUCCCCCUUCCAGCUUCAGAGCCACCAGAAGAUAUCUAGGUUAUCUGACCACAACAUCCAUCAUCACCUAAUCUUGCUCUAACCUCAGCCAACUGCCCCAUGAGAUACUUGUCACACAUACUGAUGACUAUUUUUAGCUCUUUUGUAAGAGUGUUUUCCAGGAUACAUGUUACAAACUUGUCAUUGGUUUGUGUUUGGGAGGCUCUGAAAGUGUGUCGUUAUUGAUCGAAGUCCUGGGCUCACAGCACCAUGGAGGCUUUCAGCAGCAGAUCGAUGGAUCCUAAUAAAUCAGCAGCACGUACAAACAGGUCAAACAGUCUUUUCAACUAAUGGGCAUGAACAUGCUCCUGCACACAUUUAUCAACUCUCGUCCAAAUGACCCAAAAAGCACAGAUUCCCUGUUAAGUGCAGGCUGUCACACUGUGACCCCGUGGGCGCACCAUUUUCACACACAGGGGGAAACAACCAUCAGCCUUGCACUCUCAAGGUUCCUUUCACAGUUUAGUUUUUAAUUGUCUCAUAGAAAAGUGUAACCUUGAGUGUUCCUCCUCUAUAUAAUGGAGUCUGAGGAGGCUGAAUAGAAGACAACAGCUCCCAGCAAAGAGGAGGAUAAAAGCAGAUCUGCUUUUACCCACAUUGUUGACUCUGACAGUAGCAGUAGGCCCCUGAGCUUCAUUAUUCCUGCGCUCUGUCUAAAGCUAUAUUGGGGGGUUGGGCCGCACUGCAUCUAUGAUUCAUUUCUCGUCUCUCCUGAAGGUAAUCCCAUGAUGAGCACGACCCUGCAGAGUUAGAUUUAACAGGGUUUGACGUGACCUUGGCGUUCCGCAGAGCCGACAGGACAUGUAAAGUUUUCUUUUUUGCUCUCUGGAGUUUGAAAAGUUCUGCUUGGAUUUAGCUGUGACUGAAACGUGGUCGCUAAAAGCAGACAGACACAUUCAGAGGAGAGAGGGGAUGAAACAGCAGAAAAGAGGUCAGUGGUGUUAAAAACAAGAGCAGUGAAAGGAAAGUUAAAAAAAGAAGCUCCAACCUGCAUUUUUGUCAUACCAUCGAGGGAUCACCUGCACUUUGUUGGAAUAAAAAUAGGGGGGAAAUCCAUUGCAUGUGCAUUUCACUGGAAUGCUAAGUGAACAGGAUGGAAGGUGAAAUGGAGCAGAGAUUUUAACUCAUCCAGUCUGCACCAACAUAUCAAUAAUACAGGAUUCUGCCAUCUGGAAGUCUGUGUUUUACUUUGAGAAAGUCCAACCAUGAGGAUAAAUGCCAGUAAAUAAAAAUGUAUUUUAUAAAAAUGCAAGCUGGACUUCCUGAAGUUAUUAAAAAAAAAGAGCAUAGCCUUUAAUAAAGUAUUAAAACGCCCCUAAUCCACACUUGUGUUAAGCUUGAAAACUUUGCCACACUGGCUUAGACACCAAGUGGAGGUUCUAGUAGCUUAAAAACAUUGAGAAAUUACCGAGCACUGAGCUUUAGUGCGAUUUAAGCUGGCUCAGCCACACUGUGCUGCCAAAAGCAGUUUAACGGUAAAAAGACAGCUUAAGAGUUGAAAAUGAGAGUUCAUGCACAGUUGAAAACCCACUCAACGGACGUGUGUGUGUGACUCCAUGUGACCCAGAGAGAGGUUUAUUAGAGCAGAAAACUCCAGGGAUGCUUCAUCAUGCAUACUCACAUCCUCAUCAUCCUGAGCGUGUUUUUUUCCCAUUUAUUAAGCUCAUCCUGGAGGUUUAUGGUCUAGCAUGGGAGGUACACUUCACUCCGUAUGUGUGUGGUGACUGUGAGUGGGUGUUUUCAAGCAGCUGUCCAGCCGUAACCUGUUGUGACAGCAGGCAGGGGGGUUGUCACUUACCACACACAGGGCUGUGGUCAUCAAAGGUGUCUCUGUGACAAAAUCUGCGCUACAAACACACCCACACACACACACACUUAAACAAAAACAAAUGUCACCAAAAUCCUGACCAGUUCACUCAAAUUAUCUUCCAUGGCACAGCAGGGGAGUAAAACCCCGCCCCCUUUCCGGUCUCUGAGGGGUUCAGUGACGCAAGGUGAAAGGUCAAAGCUCUGCCAUACAUCGUAAUCAGAUCGGAGGAGGGUCUUAAUCAGGUUCAGUGGUGGUCUGUAUUCAUUUGGGUAAAACAACGCUGACCCUCCAGCUGAUGCACAUAACCCUGUGCAGGAAACGACCUGAACAAGCAGCUGGUGCUGCUCUGUUGAGUUAAAAACAAGAGAUUACUCCAGCCAUGAGAUGAUAAUACCAGACUUUGAGUCAGAUAAAAUGAGUGUCUGCAUGUUGUUUGAUACUCCAAAGCUGACCAGUUGAGUAGCUGACCCUAUCAAUGCCAUCUCUUUAUUUAUUUGAGCCUUAUUAUUCCACUUCUAUCUGCAGCCAUCAGGCCCACUGUAUGCAGGCUUAGUGUAAGGACUGAUCUGUAUCGUAAGCUCAUGCAUUAUGCAGUAAUGCACUAACAUCAGCAAACGCCCACACUCAUUAGACAUGCGCAAAGCCCUGCUGAAUAUUAAUGUGCCUUCAAACAUCAGCUUUAACUCAGCUCUGCUCACAGUGGUUCAUUAUUACACAGAGGAAAUGAGGAGCAUGUUCGCAUCAUCAGCCGGGAUUUAGCAACAUAAUUGUUGUCAGGAAAUUCUGACUCAGUAAGCUAAAUGAGAAGUUCAAACUAAAAAGAGAGAGAGGAAACAAAUUACUUUUCCUUUUUGCACGAGUCUCCUGGGAUAUUUUAGUUUACCGUUUGGGUGAAAUGUAAUCUCUUUUUGCUGUUUUACUCUUUCACUGUACUCAGUUAUGAACAGUAAGCUACAAUAAGAAUAACUUUAUUUUUAUUGCACUUUUAAUAACAGAAGUUUACAAAGCACUUUGACGAACAGUCAUAAAGCACAUGGAAGUAAAAACAAAUGGUAACACUUAACUUGAUUCUAUAACACAUUAUAAAUAUAUGUAUAAUGUAUUAUAAUGAUAUUAAAGCACUGUAUAGCUCUAGUUAUGAACACUCAUAAAUGAUCGUAAUGCUGUACAGCAAUAAUAACACAUUAUAAAGUAUUUUAUCAUGACUUACAAGAUCAGGUAUUAUAAUGUGUUGUAACUGUUAAAAACUCACUUAUAAUGCCCACAUAGAUAAUGCAUUAUACAUAUAUUCAUGAUGUGUUAUAAUUUGCUUAUAAACUUGUAUAACUAUCAUUAUAAACACUUAAUAAUUAUCAUAAGUCUUUAUAACAAUACUCAUAACAUACUGCGUUAUAGAGACGGGCGUCAAGUAAAGUGUUACCAAACAAAUGAAAGAAAAAAACUCAUUUAAAAGGAGGCCUCAGAAUUGAAGUUUCAUUUGUCGUAAGGGACCCAGACAAUACAAGAACCCAGGAGGACCAAAAUAAAAACACAAGAUGGGUUAAAAAAUAAGAAAAUGCAAAAAAGGGGGGGUUUAAAGCAGAAGACAGGGUAGUAAAUAUAAAAAGACGAUAUUAAUAAUGAUAAUAAGAUAAAAUUUUAAAAAAGGAAAAACAAUAAAAUCAAUAAAAUGCCCAAAAGGUUAAAUAAGAAAAGAUUAUAAGUAUAAAACAAGCUAAAAAUUUGUAUUCAAAGGAGUGUCUAACCAGCUAUUCAGGAUAUCGGUCAACACCAGCCUAUUAACUACCCCAUUUCAAAAGGUCAUAUCAGUCAUGUGUGUUGAUAUGAGGAAGUCCACAGAGCGAAAGCCUCCCUGGAUUGAUUUCCUCCAGUCGUUGAAAGGAUCUUAAAGCAGGGAUUGCAAUGUCACCACAUGGUGACAGCAUCAGAGGAAGGGGCCACCUGGCAGGGGGAUUGGGACGCUAAUUGUCCCUCUGGUGUAAGGCCAUCUCUGCCAACUCUCCUGGGGGGAAAGUCAUGCAUCACAAACACACACAUGUUAAUCUUCACUUUAGAGUAGAUGCGAGGACUCUCCUUAUUCUGCCACUCUCUGAUAUGUACAUAUUGACUCACUCGUCUGCAGCUGUUAAGGAGAUAACACAAGCUGUGCAUUGAAACUUGGCUUUCACAUCAGUCAUCCUUGCUCUCAUGCAUUAACAUUUACAAGGUCAGUCCAAACAGUGCUGUACACAGAGAUCUGUUCUUAUGCCUUUCUUGUUGUCCCUUACAUCACACACACACACAAGCAUAUUCCUUUAUCUUGUCUCAAAGAGGGUGAGGCCUGCCCUCCUUUAGUGAGUAUCCUCUUACUGCAGAGCUAUUAGCUGUUCCUCUAGGAGCUUGCCGACUAACGUGUUCAAUACUCGAAUGUACUUCUGGCCUCUUAUGUUGUGGAUGAGCCCGUCUGCAGAAGUGGGAGGGCAGUGAAAACCCUUUAGGGAAGUGGAUAGAGCUUUUAAAAAUAGAGAUUUUUGAGGCGGCAGCUGCAGGAGGAAAGAUGGAGUCGUUUCAAUGCAUGAAAAAUACGAAUGCAUGCAUGUGGAAAAAUGUUCUUUGUGUGUCACAUAUUCAACGUCUGACUUCCUUGUUUAUUCUGAUUAAUCUCCGAGUGCAGGAUUAAGCCGAAUCUAUCUACUUCUCCGCACAAAAUUAGACCAUUGCAGUUCUCCCGGUCAUUGAAUGCAUGUCGCCAUUAGCGAGAUAAGUAGGCUUCAGUCUCUCUGGUACUAUCAGAGCUGGCAAGCCGGCACACUUGUGGCCCACUGCCCAGAGAGCCACCUGGCCCUUCCCUCUCAAACACAGACAAGCACACACACCAAACACACUCAAACAUGCACACACACAGGGUUUGGCCAGAUGGGAGCCCUUUCUUAUCUAGCAGGAUUUAGAGUGUUUAAGAGCCAACCUGACACAAACAGUUACACCGAAGCAACGAUAUCCAAUCAAUCGCAAUCUCUCAGUCAAACGAGAUUGUUAUAGCAGUCACUGACAGCUCUCCCUCUGUCCAACCUUGUUUGUCCCAACAGAACAGCCAGAUGGUGGAGCUCCAGAGGAAUCAGCUGCGUGACGACAUCAAGGAGUACAAGCUCCUGGAGGCUCGUCUGCUGCAGGACUACACCGAGCUGGAGGAGGAGAACAUCUCGCUGCAGAAGCAGGUCUCCGUGCUCAAACAGAGCCAGGUGAGGAUCGCCCGCAGCUCUUCACGUGUCGAGUUGAAAUCAUGUGAAUUGUGCGAGGUGUGAAGUUGUCAACAGCAUGCGGAGAAAAACAACAAGUACUUCACACUGUACAUUUCUCACAGCUGCUUUUUUUUAUCAUGGUGCACCUAAUCAUCUGGUUUCAUCCGCUUGUUUCAGCUCACACACAUUUUAUACUAUUUUACAACACUUGAGACGUCCCACGCAUCAGAUGUGUCUUUCUCUCUUGCUGCGAUUAACCCGCCAAGAGGAGCAGAAGUGCUUUAAUAUUCAGAUUUAAUUUCAAUAAUGAAAACAUUCAAAGAGAAAGAGAAACGCUGCAGCCUUUUUGUCGGAGCCCUUGGAGCUGCCAACACUCGACAGCCCUCUUUCUUCACACCAGAGAUUCUUACACUUCAUGGUAAAAAAGAAACACACACUUCCUGGGCUCAGUCGAACGCGUGAAAUGAACAAAAUCCCUAUUACACAUAAAACAGAGCUGAAUUUCCAAAUAGGAUUUUUUUUUUCUCCCCCAAUUGAUGCCGGCUUUAAUGCCUGAGCUGUUAAUUCUCCCAGUAGGCUCUUGUCAUUUUGGAUUGGGCUUUUUAAAUUCAUCAAAGAGGGCAAGAAACAAACAAAAGCCGCUUUUUACUUUGUCGACAUCCAGUAAGAAGUGAUUUCCAAAACCAAUUAGAUUAAAAGCAAUUAAAAAGAGGCAUUAAAUAACUAAGAGCGUAAUGAACAGGAUAUUAAAAAUGUCACUCUUUUAUUAUCCGGCUUGUCUGCCACACAUGAACCGGCCGCACAGCUUGAUCUAGUAGUUGGAGGUAUAUUUAUUUCAAAGCUUAUAAAGGGUGUUUGCGCCUCGUUUUUGUCCAGGUGGAGUUUGAGGGCUUGAAGCAUGAGAUCCGCCGUCUCGAGGAGGACACCCAGUUCCUCAACAGUCAGCUGGAGGAUGCGAUCCGGCUGAAGGAGAUCUCCGAGCGGCAACUGAGCGAGGCACUGGAGACCAUCAAGACUGAGCGUGAGCUAAAAGCCUCCCUGAGGAAAGAACUGUCCCACUACAUGAACAUCGGGGACACUCUGUACCACAGGUAAAAGAACACAAAGGUGCUGACCUGAUUUAACAUGCACUACAAUGUAAGAAGAGUAAUGACACGCCUUUUUCCCCCCUUCAGCCCUCUCAGCAUUUCUCUGGAUGGUCUCAAGUUCAGCGAGGACGCGUCGACCGAGCCGAACAACGACGAGGCUCUGCACGGUUUCGAAAAUGGAUUCACCAAGCUCGCCAACGCCAUCAACUUUGACAACUGUGUGUCCACGCCCAAAAAGGAGGAGCUAUUCAGUCCUGCGCCCAGCCUGGUGGACGACCUGCUGAGUGAACUGAACAUCUCCGAGAUCCAGAAGCUCAAACAGCAGCUGAUGCAGGUUUGUCAGAGUCGAUAGUGCAUAGAACAUUUUUAAUAUAAUUAUCACAUAAAGAUAAACACAGACGGAUUGAGAAAUCUUAGGUGAAUAUGUUAAGUGUUUGGACUGAGCUUAAAGCUGCUGCGGGAAUCUAAAUGCUGUUUUAGCAAAGUUAAUCCAGGGAGACACACACACACACACACACACACACACACACACACACACACACACAUUCCUCAGGCUCUGCUGAGCUAUGAGGCAGCGGGUGGUGGCACCAGUGGACUUGCCAUCUGCUUGAUCAUCACCCCAUGAGUCCAAAGCCACGCCUGACUGGGCACCAUGGUAACCAGAAAGCACUUGAAACCUGUGGAUAAUGAUUGUUUUGAGGUCUGAGGGAUUAGGGUUUUUUUUUUUUCUUCUCUUCAUCAGGAUAAACAAGGUUUCUGGAUUAAUGUUUGGACUGUAAAGGUACCUCAGUUCCUCCCUGCUCGGGCGUCCAACAACUCCAAUCAGGCGAAUGUAAACAGCCGCUGUGUUUGAUAUGAUUCAGUGGCUCGUCUACUGAAGCAUCCUGCUAAGUCAAUUCUAUAGAUUCCAGGCAGGAAUCAGAGCAAAGGAAACAAAAGGCUUUCUUUAAUCAUUUAGCUGCACUCUGUUUCUCUCAUAUAUUAUCUUAUCCCAUUAGAGUGACACUCAAUCAAUCCUGGACCUAUCCUACUGGAGAAGGAUGGCCAGUAAUUCAAGAAGCUAUCAGUCCCUAUUUUUAACUUAAUCUUCUUUAUCUACUCCGCCAUAAUACAAAAUGUGUCCAUAUGAGCAUGACUGUGACACUUUCAUAUUACUCACAGAUCAGCUUCUGAAAUAACUCAGUGCUUUUAUCAGCACAGCUGUGUGCAUGUGUGUAAGACGACACUCCCUGGGUGUCCGCCAGCGCCAAAGCUGAGCCCGAUCCAGCAAACUGCCAAGGUCAUCCUGACGCUGAUGCUGGGCUGCUGGGCAGUGAGCCUCGCAUACCUCACAACACAAGCCUGAUGAGAGUGUGUCGAGUUGCCACAUGAGAGUUAAUCCACUGAUUUAAUACGAUCUGUUCGACAAGAAUCCUUCACAUCUUCAUGUUACAAAGACAGUGAAAUCAGAGCCAUAAGAGGAAAGUGCAUUUAAGAUGGUGACCGUGAUGCAUUUUGCCUGUCUUUCCCUUUCAGAUGGAGCGUGAGAAGGUCAACCUGCUCUCCAACCUGCAGGACUCCCAGAAGCAGCUGGAGCAGGCUAAUGGCGCUCUGUCGGAACAUCAGGAGAAGGUCAGCCGCCUCACCGAGAAUCUAAACGCCAUCCGAAAGCUCCAGGCCAGCAAGGAGCGCCAGUCUGCCUUGGACAACGAGAAAGAGCGUGAUAGCCAUGAAGAUGGAGACUAUUAUGAGGUUGACAUCAACGGACCUGAGAUCCUGGAGUGCAAGUACAAGGUAUUUUAAAAGUUUGUGGUGAAUGUAGAAAAAUUAGGUAUAUGUCUUUUCUUUUUCUGAGUAUUUUAUACCCUGAACUUUCUUUGCCAGGUUGCUGUGUCUGAGGCAGGAGAGCUGAAAGAAGAACUGAAGACUCUGAGGACAGAAUACCAGGCCUGUCAGUCACGCUAUGAUGAGGAGCGCACCCGUCUCGAGAACGACGUCACAACGCUGGGGGAGAAGCUUGCCUCUUUGGAGAGGACGAGUCAGUCGGACAGAGAGGAGAAGAACAAGCUUGAGAGAGAGCUGCGCAAGGUAGGUUUUUUUAUCAGGGCAUUUUGACAAAUAGUUAAUUAUGUUAACUUAAGAUGUUGUGGGUUAAAAAUUGUCUAAAUGGCGCUUUUCUUUGUUCUCUAGGUGAGUGACGUGGCCGGAGAGUCUCAGGGUAGUUUGAGUGUGGCGCAAGACGAGCUGGUCACCUUCAGUGAAGAGCUGGCUACCCUCUACAACCACGUCUGCAUGUGUAACAACGAGACACCAAACCGCGUCAUGCUCGACUUCUACAAGGAAGGUAAGGGCGGUCGGAGCAGCCCAGAGGGCCGUGGCCGCCGCUCUCCCAUCCUGCUCACCAAGGGCCUUUUCCCUGAGCCUGGUAGGACCGACCUGAGCGACGGAGCCCCCUCACCAGUCUCCUCUCUGCCUUCUCCUGUGUCCGACCACCGCCGCGAGCCAAUGAACAUCUACAACCUGGUGGCCAUCAUCAGAGAUCAGAUCAAGCACCUGCAGCUAGCCGUGGACCGCACCACAGAGCUGUCCCGCCAGAGGGUGGCCUCUCUGGAGUACGGCACCGUCGCCGACAAGGACAAGGAAGCCUGCAUGGAGGAGAUCCUCAAACUGAAAUCUCUGCUCAGCACCAAGAGGGAACAGAUCGCGACCCUGAGGACCGUCCUCAAGGCCAACAAGCAGGUCAGUUUAUCCGAACCCCUGAAUGCAAGCUUUGGUCUCACUAACAUUUGUCAGAUUUUGUUAGAAAACAAAAGCACAGGAGGAGGAGGGUGUCAGCUAUUUCAGGUCCUCUCAGCUGUUGCAGCAAAUGUUUUGUAGACUAUAAGAUCCAUAACAAACCCUGAAGGAGACAGCAGUCUUAUGGGGACAGCUGUCCAGGGUAUCAGUGCGCUUGGGAUGGGAGAGCAGCCUCCAAAGCAAAACGAACCAUAACCCAGAGUUACAGUGUGUGCGCAGUUGCUCUUCCAGCCAUUUAGAGAAUGUGUGUGGUAACCAUAGAAAAACAUGAAACCACACACCCACAUUCAAACCAACAACUAACAAUAGCUUCUACACCCUCCUGAUCCACCUCGGUGACUAAUUAACCAACUUCUUGUGACAGGAAAUACGCCCUGUUGUCAUCCAGCUGUUCUGACCUUUUUGUUCUUGAUAUCCACCAACAGACAGCUGAGGUCGCUCUGGCCAACCUGAAGAGCAAGUACGAGAAUGAAAAGGCCAUGGUGACCGAGACCAUGAUGAAACUGAGGAAUGAGCUCAAAGCCCUGAAGGAAGAUGCCGCCACCUUUUCUUCUCUCCGGGCCAUGUUCGCCACACGGUAAGAAAUUUGUACAGAAUUGUGCUCAGUGGACACCAAUGGCCAAAUAUAUCAAUCAAUCAAUCAUCAAUCUAUCAAUCUAUCUAUCUAUCUAUCAAUCAAACUUUAUCUUUAAAGCACUUUUCAUACAUAGAAUGUAGCACAAAAUGCUGUCCAUUCAAGCAGGAUAAUAAAAACAAUGAAUUAAAAUAAAUACAAAUACAAAUACCAAACCCCACCUACCCUCCCAACCUCUAUUCUACACAUACAGCACUCACACAUGCACACACAAAAGACCACAGGGACUUUUCAACUUGCCACAGAUGACUGAGGAAACACUAUUUUGAGUUUUAAAAAAAUGAGGAGACACUGGAUCUAUAGGACUAAAACAAUAAAACCAUGAUAAAAUAUAAUAAAGGUGAUAAAGCUAAUUAAAUUUAACAGUCUUAAAAUCCAACAAGAACAGAAAAUCAAUUAAAAAAGAGGUAAUAAAACCCAAAAUAGUUACUCCAGGACUUAAAUUUGACAGACUUCACAUAAUGCAGAUUAAAGAUUAAAACAAAAUUUGACUAAAAGCCAAAUAAAAAAGGUAGAUCUUGAGUUUGAGUUUAUAUUCACUCUUUCUGCCUGCCAAACUAUAUUAAAAUCAAAAGGAUUAAUUUCAAAUAGCAUCAUUGUGAUAUAAAAACAUACGGAUGCCAAACUUGUCCUGAAAGCAGUUGUUGUUGUUGUUUACUGAUUCAGCUCACGCUGGUUUGUUUUGUUACUGGAGAUUAAUUUAAAGAGUAACAUACCAGACUUUGACCUAUUGUCAAAAAUACUACACAAGCACCAUAUGAAGACAAUCCACAAUAAAAGCAGGUAAUCUUCAAACAAGAUUAUCAUCAUAAUGUAAUCCAUGUUGACCACAUGGGCUGGCUUUGUCUCCGUGCUAUUUUUGUAACGUGACGUGCUCAAAGAGGAUAUUGUUUGUUUUGGGCGCUCACGCUCAGAAAGGGAUCCUGGCAUUGAUACCGGCUAUAGGGCACAGAAGGUAUGUAAUCUGAGCUCUGUUAGAAAUAUGUCACUUAAGUCGUGUUUUUGACCAGCAAUUUAGUGAGUGUGUGCGUAACAGAUGAGCCGACACACUCGCUAAUCUUUCCUGAUUCCAAAGAGAAGCCGGUCAAAGGUUCUGUGCAUAAUCCUACCUCAUCUUGGUCUGGAUUACACAUUCACCCCAUAACAUAAAGUGCUCACAAACUCACCGUUUAUCUAUUUUGUUAUGAUUUUUUUCCCUCCUAUGAAGAAAUCCUAGACAAAGCAGAGGUUUAUUUCUACAUUUGAGGUCUUAAUAGUGAUUCCACAAGUCCGUUUUGUAGUUGCUCCACUUUUUAGAGUUCCAAGAUGUCGGUACCCACUCUUACCCUAAAUAUCCAGAUGGCUGCCCUGAGAUGCUGAGACAGUCUUUCCCUCUGCAUUUAAGACUCCUCCGCAAUCCACAGCAAAGCUCAAGCUGUGCAGAAGGAGAAGAGGUAGAAAAGAAGUAGGAGUAGAGUGGAGGGGGGGGUGUAGACAGGAUUACAGAAGCAAGGUUGCAGAGGCUGCAGGGAAUGUGUGGGCAGCUCCGCUCCCCUCACCUCACCUAUACAGUAAUUCAAUAGCUUCCCCUUGAAGCAAGCUCGCUGAACUAACUCCAUAUACCUGCAGUUUCUAAUCAAUUAGUAACAGGAGGAAAUCGUCUCCGUCUGCAAAUGCAAGAGAGUGUGUCUUGUCAUGAGUUUUUGGCACGCUGCAGAGCCAGAUGGUCAGAGGAUGGAUGUGUAAUACUAAACUAUUUGGACCAAAGGAAACCAGGGCGAAGAGAGAAACAGAGCUUGCUCCUAAUAAUGGUGUUAUUUUUUUACCCUGCGGGGUGCGCAAGUUGUAUCACUUUUCAGUGUGACAGGAGUUCAGAGGAGGUGUGAGAUCAUUUUGCAGACAAAAAAAAACAGAGCUACUGUGAGGUUUCUAUGUCUGUACGUCUAUUAUGCUGCAUUUCAGUGUGCCAUCCACUCCCUGUGUCUAUGAUGUUCUUGAGACCCCAAUCUGAGUUAUAUAUCACCGCUCUGAUGUUUAAUGCAUGAUUUACAUUCUCUGGGUUUAUGGGAUUCAUGCAUUGGUAUGUAAAUUCAGUUCUAUACGGCGCAGAGUUGGGUCAGGGGACUCUUUGAGAGGCUGGGGGACUCGCCUGAGCAAGGUUUCCCACACUCCCCCCUCUUUUGUAUCCCAGUUCCCCCCUUCCGUCCUUCCUCACAGCCAAACACCCGGUUCUCUAGUCAUCUGGAAAAGAAAGGGAGGAAAGGGGCAGGCAGGCUCUCUCAGUUAAAGCCCACUACAGGAGCCUAAUUUGACAGACUUCUUUUUCUUUUUUUUAUGGUAAUCAGCACUUUGACAAAGAUUUUUUUUUUUUUAGAUGUGUAAACUCUCAAAUACAAAUGUGUGGUCUUUGGGCUGAGGGGAGAAGAGAUGGAGUGGAAUUGUAAGAAUCUCCAGGUUAUUGUGGAGGUCUUUGUGUGAUCUUCAGCUGUGGUCUGCGCUUCUGACAUUUAAGAGCUUCUCAAGAUUCUUCAAUUGCGUUUAAUUCGUGGGAAUUUCAUCACAGCGACACUUGUUCAGUGCUUUCCAAGUGUCCGUCUCUUUGUGCAUGUGUGCGCCCCUCCAGCUGCGGUCUCCGGUGUCAUGUUAACAGUAAGCUCCUGCCUCCAACAUUCCUGAGACAUGCCCCGACAUGAUCUCAGCUCCUGCUCACACUGAUUAGCGGCCAAACCAUUAGCUCCAGUCACGUUUUCUGCACACACAUAUCCCCUGGAUCAUCCUGCUGGUCUUGGUCUGCUGUUGUUAUAUCCCCUCUCCAUCUUUCAGUUCUGUCAGUUUUUACCUCCUCCUCCCCUUUCUCUAUGACAACCCCCCCAAAAAAACCACCACCAUGACCAAUCAAGCUCCAGACAAGACUACAGCUUAAAGGGUUUUGUUUUUGUUUUUGUUUUAGAUCUGUUAUUGAUUAGUGAGCCACAUCUACAUGAAUGUUUCAAUAAUUAAACUUUGAAUACAACCAUGAAUGUUUUUAACUCCUGUUAGUAAUCACAGCGAUAAAGAAGAUAGCAACUGCUGUGAAUAUGACGCCUUUUCAUCAUCUAAAGGCCAGCAGCCGCCUCUCGACCCCCCUCGGUUAUUGUCCCAUCACCCCCAGUCAGCAGGCCAAAAAGGCUCCCAUUGUAUCCGUCUAGUCCCUAGAAUAGACUCUUCUGUUUUUUCCCGGGAAAAAAUGCACGCCCCCUCGAACCCCCAUGCAGGAGUGGCAACCGUCUGAAGGCGCACCAGCCUCCCUCUGUCCCUCCCAAGUCGUCUCCCCCCUCACCUCAUACUGGGUUUAAUGAAGCAGCACUGAUCCCUUUUGUCUGGGUGUGUGUCCCACUGGGAAUCAAACUGCAAACACAAGAGGGGAGGGUAUGGUUUGUGUUUGUAUGGUGGUCUGGCAGGGUUCGGGGUUCACGUGGCGCACAUCCACGUGCAGCAUCACACAUAUCAAACACAUCUGCAGCGCUGGGGCUCUUUGGUUUCAGACUUUGCCUUUCAAAACAUACUUUUAGAAAAACAAGGAAACAUUUCCAAGUGUGGUCAGACAGUUUAACUUGUUUACUUGUUCUUAAAAUUAGGGGUGUCCUGAUACGAUAUUCAUAUCGGAUAUCUGUCCGAUAUCAACAAAAAAAUUUGGAUAUCGGAUUAUAUCGACCCGAAUCUAAAAUCUCUGAUAUCAGCACUCUGAUAUCAGCAGUCCAUUCCAGACGCCGCUCCAGUACCUCUAUCUAGCAGCACCCAGAUCCAGCAUGUAGAGCCCAUGUGAUGUGACAACAACAUGGUGUACAAAGGCAGUGGUUCUCAAGUCCAGUCGGCGAGGCCCACUGUCCUGCAUGUUUUGAAUGUUUCCCUGCUCCAACACACCUGAUUCAAAUGAUCAGCUCGUUAGUAAGCCAUUCCAGAGCUUGAUAACGAGCUGAUCAUUUGAAUCAGGUGUGUUGGAGCAGGGAAACAUCCAAAACAUACAACACACCUGAUUCAAAUGAUCAGCUCGUUAUCAAGCUCUGGAAUGGCUUACUAACGAGCUGAUCAUUUGAAUCAGGUGUGUUGGAGCAGGGGAACAUCCGAAACCUGCAGGACAGGGGGCCUCGAGGACUGAACUUGAGAAUCACUGUACUGAGGUACUGACAAAGUACCAAGGAGUAGGAGUAAUGUUGGCCCUGUGGCAGUAUUUUCCAAUUUAAGUCAGAAAAAGAUGGAUCAAUAUCUGUUUCAGACAAUACUUAAGGCGACGAUAUCAGUAUCAUAUCGGAGGUAAAAAAGUUGUAUCGGGACACCCCUACUCGAAAUCACUGCAGAGUGAAUCAACUCAGAGAUUCUCUUUAUGUUUCAGAAAAAUGAGCAACAAUCAAUGAGAGAAAUUCUGAUUUAAAGGAGAAUUUUUACAGUGCGCAAUUCAAGCAGCCUCUUCAGAAUAAUAAAAUUAGUAACAUUAGAUGUCUCAUGACUACUUGCAAAUUUGAAGAAAUUCUGCAUUGUCUUUCUGUUCCUUUAAGAGCUUGAGAACAGGUUUUUUGUGUUCGGAAACAAAGUUGUUUUUUAAAGAGCUGACGGAGAAAGACAGCAGGGUGAGGCUGUGUACCAGCUUAAUAUUGUCAGAGUGCUUUUUCAUGUGGCACAAGAGGACAGUGAGGCGUGCCGUACCAAAAUAAGCAACCGCUCCCUUCACAGAGGUGUGUCAGUCAUUACUGGAGAAUGCCUCUUAAAUUGCCUCGUCAGCAACUUAGAAAGUAGGUUGGUAGACCAAGAUGGAGAAAGAGAGAGAGAGAGAGAGAGAGAGAGAGAGAGAGUGAGUGACUGAUGCAGGCAAAGAAACGGUGACAGCAGCAAGGCAGCAGUGAAAGAAAGAGAGGCUUGAGAGGAGAGAUAAGAGCCGGGGAGAGGAAGUAAUUGAAGGAGAUGAAUGAGAGCGAUGAUAUAAAAGAGGGGAAAAGGUUUGGUGAAGGAGAAAAGAAGGAGAAUGCUUUCAAAUGAAGAGGAGGACAGGGACAGCAGAUGGAGAGUACAGUUAUGGACAGCCAAUGACAGAAUCUCUGAGGUUGACCUACUUUUUAUACCUGUCCAGUCACUCUCUCUCCCUCACACACACACACACACACACACCAGGGCACAGGGAGAGAGAUGAUAAUGCCGCAGUGCACCACCCGGUGAAACUGAGUGAUACUGUAUAUCCUUGACGUUGUGCUAUUUUGCACCGAGAUGGGAGAUGAUAGAGAGCGGUAAAAUGAUGUAGAUUCCCUUCAACUGGAAAAAAGGAGAUGAUAUGUGGUGCACUCAACCACAUCACUCUCUACCUUAUCUCCAUCUUCCUCCUCCUCCUCCUCCUCCUCAGCCUGUUCCUCAGGUGACAGAGGAGGAUCAUCUCAGUGACCCCCCGGGUUAAUGCUGUCAUCCCUUGUGUAUGUGAACUAUUCUUGACGCCCGCUGCACUUCAAAUCCUCGUAUUAUUCAGACGUGCUGUAAACCACACCCAUGCUUACUUACUUACAUGUCUCACCUGUUUAAGGAUGGUCACCUUAGCCUGCUGCAGGUGUCUCUGAAAUCCAUUAAGCUUGUUUUGACAUUUCAUUCAAAGAAUGAAUCAAUUCAAUGGCAUUUAAAGGUAAAAAUGAAUCAUUUAUAGGCUGUUGAUCUUGAAAGCUGGAGUCAUUUCUUUGGGAAAGGGAGGAGAAGGUUGCAGCGCUCAGUGGAACCUUGUAUGUUCAGCUGAAGUCAGCUACAUAAAGGUGGAGGUUGUCUCUGUUUCUGGUUAAAUAUCUCUUCAAAUCAGUAAAAAAUAUUUAGUUUGUGGUUGAAAACAGGAGUGAAUAAUUCAGAUGUGCUGCUGUUAGCUGGUCUGUACUAUGUGAGUAAAUAGCUCCACCUGGUGGAGGCAUAGAAAAAAGUGAAAUUAGGUGAAAGUUCAAGUGAUUUAGCUUCAGCUCUUUAAUCCCUCAGUUCUUAUGUCUGUUGGAGUGUUAUUUUAGUUUAACUAUGCUGCUGAGGUUUGCAUAUGAUUUAGUGAAUUAAAUACAUAUUUAAAUGACAGGAAGCUCAGGAAACUCAGGGUCUUAAGUAUCAUUUGUAUCAAAUUCAGAUGGCAGCACCCCCCUGUGGUAUGACACAGGAACACAUAGAUGGUGUGAAAUAUCUUGCUCCAGUUCACAACCUACCUGACUGAUUUUUUAUUUAAGUUGUGAAAAAAAAAAUGUAAAAGGAAAAUAAAUAACAUCCCUGACUGAUCACUCUCUUCCCUCUCUGUCUGUCUCCAGUUGUGAUGAGUACGUCACUCAGCUGGACGAGAUGCAGAGGCAGCUGGCCGCAGCAGAGGAUGAGAAGAAGACCCUCAACUCCCUGCUGCGCAUGGCCAUCCAGCAGAAGCUGGCCCUGACUCAGCGACUGGAGGACCUGGAGUUCGACCACGAGCAGACCCGCCGGGGAAGCAGCGGCCGCGCUAAGGCCCGCAGCAAAGCCGCCAACGGCACCUCCAACAACCCCCACGUAAGUCAGAGUCUCACCUGCUCUGGCUCCACCCGUCCAGAGCCCAACAAUGCCAUGCCCAAUGGCAUUCUGGGAGGCCCUGUUGUCUUUUGCAGCGAGAAGUACAAGAUCUACUGCGACUGAGAAGUGUCCAAGGGACUGCUGUGUACAGAGGGGAAGGGUCCAACCCUCCCUGCCUUAGUGUUAAAGAGCCCCACUUGCUCGCUUAGCUCCCUGGCCAGCCUGCGCUCCUCUAGGGACUGCUGUGUGAUUAACCAGCUGCUCGUGUGUGCUAGUGUAAACGCUUAGGGGAAUGCAGGUGUAUGUACAGUGUGCACUAGACGUCUGGACUGUAGUAGACAAAUACGGCAUGUGGAUCAUAGGGCCCUGGUUAUAUUGGGGGUUUUGUGGAUAUUAUGGAGUGUCUAUUCUUUCCGCUGUCAUAGUGCUGUACGUAUGAUGUAAAAGGUGGCAUCUUUUGUGCUUGUGUGUUCUGGUCCCCUGAGUGUAUUGCCUGGUAACAGUAACACAUUGUGGGCAUGGGGGCUUUGUAAAGGGGAUGUCAGUCGUGCAAGUCUUGUGACUAAACAUGACAUCCUCUGCUCUUCAGCCUGUCUGUUGGCAUUGGUGCUCCUUUAUAGACGCCAGGAUUGACCUGUGUCCAGUGGCCCUCUCUCUCUCUAAUCAGGUCAUUGUUUGGAAAAAAAAAAAAGGCUCUUCAAUAUGCAAUCUCCUUUAGCUUUGUCGCUAAGGGAGCUCAGUGUGCUUCUACAAAGAAUCACAAAAUCACAAAAGUGGACUGGCUGCUGGUUAUCUGGUGGAAAAGUUUGGGCAAAAAAAAAAAAGGAGCACCUGUGACCGCAGGUGUUGAUUUCAGGAUCAUUUAUAAGCUGUGAUGCUAGCACACCAAUACUAUAGGGUCAGUAGAAUCGCAUGGCUUUGCAGCUGGAAACGCUUAUGAGCUUUUUAACUGUAUUAUUAUAAUUUUUUUUAUGAUUAUUGUAAGGUGUGUGGUUAAAAAGGAUGUAUAACAGGGCUCUACAUUGUGUCAAGAGAAGUUAUUUGGUGUCUGGUGAAUCACAGGAGGGCUAAUCCGUGUGACCCAUUGUCGUCGCAGCGGAUUCUUUCAGAGCCAUACUCUAAGAGAGAGAAAGAAAGUUUGACAAAUCGAUCUCCACACCCAAAUUAAGUGCACUUCAGCAAAAAGGUGCCUCAGGUUCCGACUUCUCUUAAAAUGGAUUUAAUGAUUACUGUGAACAGAGAUACAAUAUAGUUUUGAUCGAAGAUGAUUUUUUAAAUCCUAGAAGAGCACAAAUCAAAACGGCACCCACACGUGUGGAUAAUAAGUCUACAAAAGGAAUUAAACCGACCACUCGGCAAAAGUGCCUGUCGACCCAAACACUUGAUAUAUAUAUCUAUAUAUAAAUCUAUCUGUUGAUGUAAAGCCCUGUCCUUGUGUCUCAGCUUAAACUGUCACUGUUUCUUCCUUCUCUCCCCCCUUUUUCUGUCUCCUCUCUCCAUUUCUGAGUUGUUUCUGUGCGGUUACGUGGCUGAAAAACCUUUCCUCAUGUCUCUAAUCCGUGUCAUGUCGCUUGGUCCCCUCGACCACCUCCUCUCUUUUUUUUUUAGAUUGUCAGCAGCUUGCUCCCCCAGCAUCACCACUCACCCUUUAACUAGAAAGAGGAAAUUGUGGGGAAAAAAUGCUCUCUAUCUAUUUCUGUCAGGUAACGUCCUCACGUAUGUUGUGCUCCCGAUAUUUGCCUGUGUGAUAAUGAGCGUUCAAAUGAAGGACCCUCGUGUGCGUGUAACAUCGAGGGUCGCCGAUUUCUUUUGUUUAUAGGUGUGUGAGGACAAAACUAUGUACUGUUUUAGUUUCAACAAUAGCUUUAACCCCUUUGCAAGCUAGCGUUACGCAAAUAGGAAAAAUAUAAGUGGGGCUUGUGUUUGAUAAAUCCAUGUACUGCUUGUGGAUCAUAGACACAUAAGCUUUGUGAUGCUAAAAGCAGGGUUGAUGUGAGGAAAUCCUGCAAGAUUAAUCAAAUGAUGCAUUUUCUACUACUCCUAAGCUAUAUAUCAAACUCUAUAUUCUUGAUAUGAUCAUGUUCAGGUUAUAAUCUUGCAGGAUCCUACUACAGUAUUCUUUCCUCUCAAAUGUAAAGAGAGGAAACUUAAUUGUUCCUGUGAAGAAGAAGGAACAAUGUCAGCGGUCAACCCUGCUUGUGUGUGCAUCCAUAAGCUCGAGCACACAGCAUGGAGACGAGGCUAUCGUACACAUUAGAGCAAAAGAAGAAAAAAAAAACAACCUCCGUAGAGGUUUAUCACUCUUAAGUUCGAGAUUCACCUGACUUACAAGUGUGAUAUAUUCAGUUUCUAUCAGUUUGCGCUGACUGCGGAGAAAAGGCGUGAGGAGUAGACGAGGGAGAGAACAACUUAUGUAGUAAACCAGCUCCUGAGAGAGGAGAUAAGAAACCCAGACGUGCUGGAGAAAAAAUCCAGACGUGUGGUUGAGUGCUGACUCAGAUAUUGUGGAGAAAGGAGUGUGGGGUUUCCUGAGGGAGAAACUCUUGUAUAUGUUGGAGGAAAAACGAAAAAGAAAUACUGAAAACUGGUCGCUCCGCUCGGUGGACCGGAGGACAUUGAUUCAAAUUAGUUGAGCUCCUAACCUUUCCUCUUGUAUAGGCUCUGUGGACUCACCGAGCAGUAGAUAGACACCCAGGAUGUGAUUGUGACCUUAGAUAGAUGAAUUCCCACUUUGCUCCGCCUAGUUUGAAAUCAAUGUCUGGUUUAAUGUGGUGUCAUAACCACAUGCCACCUUUAAAAGAAGAAAAAAAAAUCCUCCUACCUCUUCUUGCAGGCUCCUCUCACUUCACCUUUAAGUUGAACCCCACUUGAAUCACAUAGUUUCUCAUUCAUUGUAAGCCUGCAUGUCAAAAAAAAACAUGACCCAUUUUUUUAUUAACUUGCAUGUCAUGUGAGAAACACGGAUCUCCUCUGACCUGGGUGGUGGGAUUCGGCUUUAACUCGGUUCUCUGGUUUCUUGUGAGUCACUGGCUUCCUAACAGCACCUACAGGAGCGUUUGUGGUGAAUCUGCUUUGACAUCAGAAACAUAUCAACCGUGCUGAUAUGACUAAAAAUAACCGCCGGCUGCUUCAGGGCUCCUAACAUGGCUUCUGUUGCUUCGACUAACUCCAGCCGCUGCCUCGCUUGGUCUCUGUGGACUCAGAGCAUGCUAACAGUCGCUGUCUUAACAGAGAAAAAAUGCUAACCAGAUCAUAUGUCUGUUUCUCCAUUUUGCAGUAAAUACUGUAGCUCUGCGCGGAUGAUGAAGUACCAACACAAGGUCCUGAUUGACACAAGCUCGCCGCAAAGAUUUAGCACUAAUAGACCAUUUGGACUUGACUUGAAGACAGUAAUAAAUCUCAAAGAAAACACUGAUUUAAAGUCAAUCAACUGCCCUGCUUAGAGAUAACACUAAUUUUUCAUUCUGUUGCUGCUGCUGGAAGCCGAUUUCUCACAAAGCCAAGAAACUGAGUUUAAGAUUGGCUAAUCUCACCCUCCAAUGACAAGCCAGAGGACAUCAGGUUGUUUCUCAAUGUAAAUCAACAAGCUGUUUGGUCUGGUUUCAUCUUUUGUUUUUAAUUUUUGUUUAUUGUUUUUAUUUUCAUCUGUGCACUUUCAUUAUAUAGGAUUAUAACAGACUAUUAUUAACCUAUAGGAAAGCGUAGUAGUGCUAUGGUUUGUGAGUUAUAGAUAAUAGGAUUAUACAUCCUCUUGAAUAACAGAAACUAUUUACUCCAGUAACCGCUCCACAAACCACAGACCUACAAUUAUGACGUUAUCCUCCAGAGUUUAUCCAUCACAUAAUCAUUCUUAAAUUGUUUUGUUACAUCGUAUGUUAUGCUGUUGGUUUUCUUUAUGUUUGUUCUACUGCCAUGUUCUAUACAAAAAAAUCCAGGGUGAUCAAAUUCUGGGGUUUUUUCAUGUAUUUAUUAUUCCUAGGAAUAGUUCAAAAUAACACAAUGAAACUUGACAACGCUCUGACUCAAAUAGGUAAGUAGUGUUUUGGGAAAAAUUUGAGUGAUAUGAUAUGCUUUUUCCUAACUUCUUACCGAGGGCGUUCCACUGAAACGGGAUCACUGGCUUACAGAAUUCUCCGCAAGUGCGACAAUUAAAUUCCAAAUUGGAAUUGUUUCAUUCUCUCUUCGUUUAUCGUGCCAAAUCUUGGUACACCGUUUAGGUUGAAAAGAAUCAAGACUGGGAAAUAAGACAAACCGUCACUGAGGAAGACGUAGUCCGGGCUGUCCGUGCUAGCGCCGGGUUUUGCUUUUUUGGUUUGUUUAAUUCUUCGUUUCUGACCAGUAGUGCCUUUCAUUGUUUCAAGGGAGAAUCUUAGACUAGUAUUUUAUGUUUUCUUUUUUUUAUAGGUGAGGCGUUUGGGUUUCAAAAUGACUGUGAGCAGCAAUAAGUGCAAAGGGAAAUUGUCCCCUGUCUGCAUGAGUGAGAUGAUAGUUUUGAAAUUAGCUCAAUAAAACUGAAAUUGUGUUGAAUUCUGCAGGUCAGUGAUCCAUUCAAUAAAUUCAGGGGUAUUACUGAAAGGUUGUUUUUUAUCAAACUUUGGGAACCAAAAGAAAUCCCUUUGGCCUCCUGUUAUUGAACAAAAUGCUCCAAGCAUCUGUAAUGUGUUGGGGUGCAUCAGUGUACUAUUGGAAACAUCUACGUAUCUCUAGCUUUGUUUGGUGAAGGUAAUGUGAUAUCAAUAGUAUUGUUGAAAAAAUGUGCAGAGAGCGCAUUUUCUCUUUCUUUUUUUUUUUUGUCUGAUUUGAGUUUUCUUUGUCGUUUUUUUAUAUUUUUUUUUUUUUUUUUUUUUACAUCAUCUUUAAGCAUCAUGUUUUCAGGAAACAGAAAACAAAAAAUAAGCAUCAACAAGCUUGAAUAGUGCCAUGACAGCCAAUGCUUGUUUGUUGAGGCGUUAAAGUUACAAAUAUGGACGAGAAGCUAAAAAAAACUAAAGUGCAAUUCAGAUGCUGUUUUACAUUAAAAAAAAGAAAAGGUUUUCUGUUUGCUGGAAGCGAUAGCAUUGUGAUAAUAAAAAAUUAGCUGUGCAAACUUUAUAUUGUCAUAUUGUGUUUCAGUAUUGAUCCAUAAUGAGAGUUUGAUAUCUUUAUAUGAAUAACGACUUCACCCGUAUGUUGGUAUUUAUUUGAAUUGUCAUGCAGUACUGUAUUCUUAUCAAUAAUGUGCAUUAUGAUUAGUGGCAUAUUGAUUACGGCUAAAUGUCAUAUGCAUGUUUCUCAGUUAUGGGACCUUUACACAGAAUUGAAAACAAACAUGUAAACUUUUGUCAGGGUCUUUACAAAUUAUGAGAAAAAAAGGAAAGGAUGAGUCAAAGUCUGAUGUAUUACUGCUGAACUAAUCCUCUAAAAAAGUGUUUUGUUUGUUUUCUGGUGUAGGAGGGCGGUUUCUCUGUGUAAAGGUAGUCAUACUGGCUAAAAUCAAUAAAUGUGACUUAAGUUGCAAAGCGUCUCUGUGUUGUUAUUUACAUCUCCUCCUCCUCCUCACAGCAGCAGGUAAAGGGUUAAACAGGGAAGGAAACAGCCUUGUGUCUCCUCAGAGUGUAACCAGCUGGAAGUGAGCGGCAGGGGAACUUCCCAGCUGUCUGCAAAGCUCCAGGAUAUGAUCGCAUUUCACACAAUGCACAAAAACACUUCCACCACUUACUCACCCCCCCUCCUUCCACCCCUCCAACCUCCCUCUUUCUUUCUCUGCAUCUCUCUCUCUUUCUUUCUGCUCAGCCUUUCCCCAUGUCUCCCCAUAUCUUUCCCUCCACUCUCUUCUCCUCCCUGCCUUCUGGAGAUACACCCACACACAGUUCACAGCCAGUUUCUUCUGACCUUUUUGUACACCCAGCACUUCCUGUCUUGGCUCCAGAGGCAGGCACUGCACUAAAUUAAUGCUACAUUCAGACACAUUUCUUCUUUAAAUGCUAAAACUGAAGCA